GCCGCUUCCAGGAGGGCGUAGCGGCCCUGGCCGGGGGAUGGAGCGCGGCGGCGGCACCAGCAGCAGCGGAGGCGAGGGGCGCCCGGAGGCGGCUCGUUAAGGUGCGCCACGCGGCGGCGGGGGAUCCGGCCGAGUUUUUGGGGUCGCCCCGGCGGCCCAGAGCUCGCCUCCCUCCGCCGCUCGGUUGGAAAGGGAGCCGGCCGGGCAAGGGGACCGGAGCGGGGGGGGGAAGAUGGUGCUCUCAACUGUAGUUAUUUCAAUUUUUUUACAUAAAAAGCAAGAUGACAUGAAAGUAUUUAGGAGGAGAGAAACCUUCAAAAAAACCCAAACCCCUCUCCAAAUAUAUAUAUUUUUUGAGGUUUCUCUCCUCCUAAAUACUUUCAUGACAUCUGGCUUUUUAUGUAGUUGUGUGUGUUGGGGGGGUGAGUUUGGGGCAUUUUCUCCCCCAUGAAUGCUUCUGUGCUGUGUCUCUGUCUCUUUUUAGUUAAUUUGGGAGAUUCCUCCCCCCUCCCCACGCAAUACUGUACUUCUAUACUAUUUUUGUUGUUGUUGUUAUGGGGGGGGGGGAAUUCCCCAUCCCAAAUAUUUCCAUCGUCUUUAUUUGUUUUUCAGUUACUGGGAGUGGAUUUUGUAGAUUGCUCCCCUCCAUUUUAUUUCUUUUUUUACAAAGCUCUUGGGGGCGAAUUUUGGGAGAUUCCCCCCAUCCUUUCAUGUUAUCCGUAUUUUAUUAGUUAUUGGGGUGUGGGGGGGUGAAUUUUGGAAGACCGCCUCUCUAAAUACUUCCAGUGUUUGCAUUAUUAUUAUUUUAGUUUCUUGUGUGUGUGGGGGGGUGAGGUUUGGAGAUUCCCCACCCCAGAUUAUUUCUCUGCUUUUUUAUAGUUCUUUUAAUAUCUUAACUGGGGAGAAGGGAAUGAAUUUUGGAGAAUUCCCUUCCCCCAUUCCCUUCUCUUAACUUUUGAACACCCUCUUGGAUCCCCUCUCUUUUGACCUUUAACCUCCCCCACCCUUGACCCCCAUGGGAAGGUUUGUGCCCCCCCCCCCCAAAAAAACCCCUGCUAGUUAAGCACCAAUUCCCUGGGCUAGGUAUCUACAACCUUUUCACAGCCAGGGCUCCCUUGUAACCCAAACAUGCAUUUGGGGGCUUUUACCAUAUAUUUGCGAGUGCUCCUGUGGUGACCUGCCUUGAAUCAGGAUGCCACCCACUAAAGGGGUCCAAAAGUAAGCUUUUUCAGAUCAGUGGGGCUUACUCCCCCCACACUGGGAAGCACCUGAAAGGCUUACAGCUCCAUAUCUCUCCUGCUUACCUCCUUUUCUUCUUCUAGAUAUUUGCUCCAGAUUCUUCUAGACUUCUACCUAGAUCCCUACCCAAAUGCUCAUGCCUAGAGCUCUCAGUUGCGUAGUAAUUUCACUAAUGCAUGCUCUGGAUCCUUCAGUCCCCCCCUCCAAAAAAAAAGUCAUCUAUGGGUGCCUCUCUUAGGCUGCUUACGCACCAUACAGUACAGUGGUACCUCGGCUUACAGACGCUUCAGCUUACAUACGCUUCAGGUUACAGACUCCACUAACCCAGAAAUAUUACCUCGGGUUAAGAACUUUGCUUCAGGAUGAGAACAGAAAUCGUGCUCUGGCGGCGCGGCAGCAACAGGAGGCCCCAUUAGCUAAAGUGGUGCUUCAGGUUAAGAACAGUUUCAGGUUAAGUACGGACCUCCGGAACGAAUUACGUACUUAACCUGAGGUACCACUGUACAUCUAAAGCACAUUCCUCUCUCUGUCCUGCAAAGAAUCCUGGGAACUGUAGUUUGCGAAGGGCGCUGGGAAUUGCAGUUCUGGGAGGAGUGAACUACAGUUCCCAGGAUUCUGUGUGUGUGGGGGGGGAAUCAGUGUGCUUUAAAUGUAGUCUUAAAUAUUGAAUAUUGAUAUUCUCUCCCCCAGUCUAUUGUCAGACCACCAUUCCAGGGGUUCUUUGCUGGUGCCUUCCAAGAACUGACCUCUCCGAGUCCCACCUGAACUCUUGGUCUGGGUCCUUCUCCCCCCUUCCUUCUCCCCACUGCACACACAAUUGCUGGGGGUGCCCUGAACCCUUAUUCCUCUCUGCCCGACGGAGGGCUAACCAACCUGGUGCCCACUAAGUUGUGGUUGCAUUCUGCCUCCCAUCAUUUCUGGGCGUAGCGGGUGCGGUUGAUGGGAGCUGGAAACCUCAAUUAAUGUCUUUAGGGCGCCAUGUUGGGGAAGGGCCGUAGUGUGUCCAGCUUGCAUGCGGAAGAUCCCAACUUCAAUCCCUGCCUGAAACCCUGGAGAGCUGCUGCCAGCCAGUGUAAACAUUACUGAGCAAGAUGGACUGUUCCUGUGACCAAUGCUAUAAAACAGCUCUCUGGGUUCCUAUUUAAACCAGCCAUUUAUUCAAAGCCAUGAGGACCGGAGUCUUAGGUUUUUUUACUUAGCGGAUGGAGCAAAAUAAGGCAGGUUUCUGUGUGCCUCUGGCCUAGUGUGACUCCCCCACCCUCCUUCCUUAGCUGCCCCAUAUCUCUUCCCUGCUCGCCAGCCCCUCCUUGAACUCCUCCUCCCUCCUUCCCCCAAACGCUGAUGCCUUGAUAUUCUAUCCUCAUUCCUUGCCUUAGCACAGUAGAAAACAACUACCCCUCCUUCCAAUUCUCUCCCCACACAUUCCGGAUCCUGUUUUGUCUCACUCCCAGUUUCUUCCCUGGUCCUUCUUCCUCACCCCCCCCCACCCACAAAAAAAUCCAUUUGCUUGGGUGGCCCCUCUCCCUAGAUGCUGAUGCUGAGAUAUCUUAUACCGCUCGAUUUGGAUUUCCAAGCCUGUAUCCUUUUCCUAGGCCCAGAUUCUUACUCCCUCUGCAACUCCACCACUUCCCCAACUGCUGAUGCUGAGAUAUCUUACCCUCCACCUCCCCGCUGCCCCAUUUCCACGUUCUGGAUCCUGCCCCCACCCCGCCUGCUUGCUGGCCGCCCACAAUCCCUCUCUUCCUUGGCAUAACGCCCCCCUUCCAGAUGUUGCCGGUGGGAGCCAGACCUUGCUUUCGUGUCAUCUUCUCGGCAUGGCCAACGAUCUCGAACCGGCAAUCUCUCUCCACAUCCACACACCACUUCCUUCUCCCCCCCAAGCCUUAGCCAGACGCCCAAACAAGCUAGCUUGGCACCAAACGGAGGCAGUAGACAGGGUAUUCUGGCAGGGUGACAGCACUGCUCUCCUCCUCUGGGCAGGAGAGCCUUGGCCGCUUUAUCUAAAUACACCAGCCUCUUUCCCGCUACCUGUAUAUGUGGACUGAAAGGUUGUAGCUCAGCGGUAGAGCAUUUGAAAGACCCUCCUCUGAAACCCUGGAGAGCAGCUGCCGGUCAGUGCAGGCAAGAUUAGCUCCAUGGAAUCUUAAAAGAGUCGCCAUCUAGUACAACCCGCUGCAAUGCAGGGAUAUUUUGCCCAACGUGGGGCUCGAACCCACAACCCUGAGAUUAAGUGCCUUGUGCUCUUGCCUGCUGAGCUAUCCCAGGACUGGCCUCCAGUGUUUGGGAAGGUGGCGAAGCAUCUGCAGGAGGUUCUAGGUUUGAUCCGCAAUGGCAUCUCCAAGCAGAAAGACCCUGUAGAGUGUGGAAACCCUGGAGAGCUGCUGCCAGCCAGUGUGGACAUUAUUGAGCUAGGUGGCCCAUUGUUCUGAGUGGGAAUAAGCCAGCUUCUGGCGUUUACUGUUUAAAUCAGGGCCUUUAUUCAGAACCAUGAGGACUGGAAACUUGCUUUAUGGUAGAAUAAUCUGUAUGCAGAAGGUCCUGGGGUUCAGUCCCAAGCAUCUGGGAGAGACUCGCCCUGCUGAGUUGCUACCAGCCAGUGUGGACCUUACUGAGCUACACGGUUGGAUUUGGUAGGAGACAGCUUCCUCUGUGCCUCUGCUUUACCUGUGUGACAUCGACCUUCUUAGGCAAAUCUCUGUGCUACUAAACAAGGUGAAUCUGGCCUACCUGGGAAGAUGGAGGACAAUCCUUUGCUGGAGGUUUUUUAACACAGGUUGGGUCGUCCGUCUGCCCGGGAUACUCAAACUGUGAUUCCUUGCAUUGCAGGGGGUUGGACUAGAUGACUCGUGGGGUACCUUCAGGCUCUCUGAUUUUGCCUCUCUCAUUUUUUGGCAAGCCCCAGACAUUAUGGAGGGGGCAACUGCCAAAGGAGAACUCUGUGUGUGCCUCACUCUCCUACAACCCGCCCCCCCAAUCUUUUGCCCUACAUCACAAACUCUUUAUUUUGCUCAAACGGCCCUGGGAAAGUUGACGCAGUUCUCUGGGACUCGCACAGAGUGCUUUUCAAGUUGUUGUCGUGUCUUUUGUGAUCUGGGAUUAGGCGAGUGGGAGGGGAUCUGGGUGGUGCAAAGGGAGUUUGUGGCAUCUGUGACUUUGCCUGCCCAGAAACUUUUGUGUGUGUGUAUGUGUGUCUGUGGCUUUGAAAAAUAAACAUUCCCUGGAGUUUGGGUGGCUUGGUGCCUGGGGAGGUGGCAGUUGGGAUUGGCUGCUCACUCCCUACCCAAAAAGUACCGCCCUUUCCCCAGCAGCAGAGCCCUGUGUCAAAGAAAUGGACUGGUUGGGGUUUCCUCUCUGGUUUUUACGCUUUGUGGUUGCCUGAGGCUCAUCUCAGCUUCCGCUGCACAAUGAUAAUAGGCUAAAUAGCACAGCUCAACACCUCAUUUCCCCUUCCCCAUCUUUGCAAGUGUCUCUUCUCUUGUUCCUGUGCAAUCAGAUCAAAGUUGGUGCUUCCUUACGGCGCAAAUAUAUCUCAUCUCUAUGUCGGAACACCUUGAGGCACAGGUCAAAUCUGUGUCCAGGGCAGCUGUUUACCAGCUCCAUCUGGUACGCAGGCUGAGACCCUACCUGCCCGCAGACUGCCUCACCAGAGUGGUGCAUGCUCUGGUUAUCUCUCGCUUGGACUACUGCAAUGCGCUCUGUGUGGGGCUACCUUUGAAGGUGACCCGGAAACUGCAACUAAUCCAGAAUGUGGCAGUUAGACUGGUGACUGGGAGCGGCCGCUGAGACCAUAUAACACUGGUCUUGAAAGACCUACACUGGCUCCCAGUACGCUUCUGAGCACAAUUCAAAGUGUUGAUGCUGACCUUUAAAGCCCUAAACGGACUCGGUCCUGUAGACCUGAAGGAGCGUCUCCACCCCCAUCGUUCAGCCAGGACACUGAAGUCCAGCGCCGAGGGCCUUCUGGCGGCUCCCUCGCUGCGAGAAGCCAAGUUACAGGGAACCAGGUAGAGGGCCUUCUCAGUAGUGGCCCCCGCCCUGUGGAACGCCCUCCCACCAGAUGUCAAAGAGAAAAAUAACUACCAAACUUUUAGAAGACAUCUAAAGGCAGCCCUGUUUAGGGAAGCUUUUAAUGUUUAAAAGGUUAUUGUAUUUUAGUGUUUUGUUGGAAGCUGCCCAGAGUGGCUGGGGAAACCCAGCCAGAUGGGCGGGGUAUAAAUAACAAGUUAUUAUUAUUAUUAUUGAAUGGGUACCAUUCUCAGCCAUGAAAAGUACCAUAGAGUUGGAAAAGGGAGUAACCUUUCUGACUUCCACUUUCACCUAUCAGUGCUUUUGGGCGGGUGUUCAAAGGUUUCCACCAGCCAUAUUUGCUAUUUUCUCCCUCCACUGUCGGAGGCAGUGAUGUACCUCUGAACACCAGAGAAUUGCAAGUGGGGAGAGUUGCUAUCGAGUUCGAAUCCUGCUUACGGGUUUUUCCAUAGGGGAAUCUGGUUGGUCACUGUGAGAACAGGAUGCUGGACUAGUUGGGCCAUUGGCCUGAUCCAGUCGGACUCUCUUUGUGUUAAGAUUCUCGGGUUUUAAAAAGCACUCCUCUCUUGUGUGAGCUGUGUUCCCCGAACACCUCUGCCAGUUGGCUUGAGAGCAGUACAUGUGAAAAGGAUCUAGGAGUCUUGGUUGACCACAAACUUGACAUGAGCCAACAGUGUGACGCGGCAGCUUAAAAAGCCAAUGCAAUUCUGGGCUGCAUCAAUAGGAGUAUAGCAUCUAGAUCAAGGGAAGUAAUAGUGCCACUGUAUUCUGCUCUGGUCAGACCUCACCUGGAGUACUGUGUCCAGUUCUGGGCACCACAGUUCAAGAAGGACACUGACAAACUGGAACGUGUCCAGAGGAGGGCAACCAAAAUGGUCAAAGGCCUGGAAACGAUGCCUUAUGAGGAACGGCUAAGGGAGCUGUGCAUGUUUAGCCUGGAGAAGAGGAGGUUAAGGGGUGAUAUGAUAGCCAUCUUCAAAUAUAUAAAAGGGAGUCACAUAGAGGAGGGAGAAAGGUUGUUUUCUGCUGCUCCAGAGAAGCGGACACGGAGCAACGGAUCCAAACUACAAGAAAGAAGAUUCCACCUAAACAUUAGGAAGAACUUCCUGACAGUAAGAGCUGUUUGACAGUGGAAUUUGCUGCCAAGGAGUGUGGUGGAGUCUCCUUCUUUGGAGGUCUUUAAGCAGAGGCUUGACAACCAUAUGUCAGGAGUGCUCUGAUGGUGUUUCCUGCUUGGCAGGGGGUUGGACUCAAUGGCCCUUGUGGUCUCUUCCAACUCUAUGAUUCUAUGAUUCUAAGUUGGGAAUUGUGGGGGAAACUGGUCACACAGGAACAUUUCCCUCGUCAUGACUGAUAUCUUAAAAAAUCCUUUUAUUCUCACAACAACGCAGCGAAGUGGGCUAGUCUGGAAGAUAAGUCCUUGCUUGACGUCACCAAGCACCUAGAACUCUCUGAAGCAGCGGUUCUCAACCUGUGGGUCCCCAGAUGUUGUUGAACUACAACUCCCAUCACCCCUAGCUAGCAAGGCCGGAGCUCUGAAAUGUAUCACAUAGCUCCAACUGCUGUGCCUCUGUUAUUUCUUCACAUUUCUGUCCUGCUUUCCCCCCAUAGUAGAACUCAAGGCAACAUACCUGGAGUUCCAUGGUGGCCUCCCAUCCAGGAGCUGACCAGGCCUGGACCUGCUUAGCUUCAGGGAGGUGGUGGCUUCAUGUGCCUUCAGACCAUGCUCUGGUCUGGAAGAGAGAGGAAAUAGCAGUUUCUUUAACAGGGGGGCCACUUCAGACAAGGCCCUGCCUUGAUGUCUGAGGACAGGCACGUUCAUAUAAAGGCCCUACAUACCUACAAAUCCCUUCUCGGCUGAAACAGAGCUGGGUAUUCUUCAACCAGCAUUUAUUUAUUUUGUUUCAUUCUUACAUUCACGUCCCACCUUUACUACAGGGGGCUUGUACAUGGUUUUCCGCUUCCUCAUUUAAUCCCCAUAACAGACCUGUGAGGUUGGUUACACUGACAGGUAGGGACUGGUCCAAGGUCCCACCUAGUGGGUGAGUGGAGAUUUGAACCCGGGUCUCCCAGGGCCAACACACUGACCACUACUUUACCCUGGCUCUCCCUAGGGUUAAAAACGGAGGACUGACCUCUCUGGAAUGACCAGGUUUCCUCAUGGCACCAAUUUCAAAGCGUUGGAGGAGCUUUUGCCUGAGGAAAUUGGAGGAGGGAGGUGCUUAACCCAUCCCCUGCCAGCAAAUUACGUUUUCCAGAGCAGUUUUUCUCACACAUACCGUUAAAAACCAGAGUCCAGAUGGGAUGAAUAGCAGGCAGGAAGGGUGCUUAACCCCUCCACCACCCACCAAUUCUGCCCUUUCCAGCUAUUUCCCCACCACCCACAAAGCUAAACCCCUUUCAUGGUUUUGAGCCCAGCAAGAAUAGUUGGGAGAGUCGUUUUCCCCCUGACUUCCUCCUCCCAGACCCCCCCCCCCCAAAAAAAUUUUAAAAUUCAUUUUAAAACACAAAUGAACAACACAAACAAUGCAAACAAAUUCUUAUCUUACCCUUAUUUCUUCUAAACAUUGUUAGGUGAGCUUCCCCGAGCCCCCCCUAUCUGAUUUUCAUUUUCCCUCAUCUUUAGCAGUUUACAUAUAUCAUAAUUUUUAACCAUUUUGUCCCACUUACUUUUACAAUAAUAAUCUUGACAUUUUAUCCUUUACAGACAAUACUAUUUUAAAAUACACUGUCUUCUAAACCUACAGCCUAUAUCCACUUCCAAAGCUAUUCUAAGAUUUAAAUAUUAACAUUUUUUUUCAAAUAUUCUUUAAACUUCUUCCAGUCUUCUUCCACCAGCUCUUCUCUUUGGUCUCGGGAUCUCCCAGACAGUUCGGCAAGUUCCAUAUAGUCCAUCAUCUUCAUCUGCCAUUCUUCGAUAGUUGGUAAAUCUUGUUUCUUCCAAUUCUUUGCUAGUAAUAUUCUUGCAGCUGUUGUGGCAUACAGGGGAAAAAAAUAACAUCCUUUUUCGGGAUUUCAUCCCCUCCUCCUCCCACACUCUUGCAUGAUUCUAUCAUAUGUGGCGUUGCGGGGUUGCAUGUUCGACAAGCCGCAUCAUGGAUCACUGCCUUGACAGCAAACUAUGGCAAGUUCUUAAAGAAAUGGGAGUGCCCGAUCACCUCAUCUGUCUCCUGAGAAAUCUCUAUGUGGGACAAGAAGCUACAGUUAGAACUGGAUAUGGAACAACUGAUUGGUUCAAAAUUGGGAAAGGAGUACGACAAGGCUGUAUAUUGUCUCCCUGAUUAUUUAACUUAUAUGCAGAAUUCAUUAUGCGAAAGGCUGGGCUCAAUGAAUCCCUAGCCGGAAUUAAGAUUGCCGGAAGAAAUAUCAACAACCUCAGAUAUGCAGAUGACACAACCUUGAUGGCAGAAAGUGAGGAGGAAUUAAAGAACCUAUUAAUGAGGGUGAAAGAGGAGAGCGCAAAAUAUGGUCUGAAGCUCAACAUCAAAAAACGAAGAUCAUGGCCACUGGUCCCAUCACCUCCUGGCAAAUAGAAGGGGAAGAAAUGGAGACAGUGAGAGAUUUUACUUUCUUGGGCUCCAUGAUCACUGCAGAUGGUGACAGCAGCCACGAAAUUAAAAGACGCCUGCUUCUUGGAAGAAAAGCAAUGACAAACCUAGACAGCAUCUUAAAAAGCAGAGACAUCACCUUGCCAACAAAGGUCUGUAUAGUUAAAGCCAUGGUUUUCCCAGUAGUGAUGUAUGGAAGUAAGAGCUGGACCAUCAAGAAGGCUGAUCGCCGAAGAAUGGAUGCUUUUGAAUUCUGGUGCUGGAGGAGACUCUUGAGAGUCCCAUGGACUGCAAGAAGAUCAGACCUCUCCAUUCUGAAGGAAAUCAGCCCUGAGUGCUCACUGGAAGGGCAGAUCCUGAAGCUGAGGCUCCAAUACUUUGGCCACCUCAUGAGAAGAGAAGACUCCCUGGAAAAGACCCUGAUGUUGGGAAAGAUGGAGGGCACAAGGAGAAGGGGACGACAGAGGACGAGAUGGUUGGACAGUGUUCUUGAAGCUACCAGCAUGAGUUUGACCAAAUUGCGGGAGGCAGUGGAAGACAGGAGUGCCUGGCGUGCUCUGGUCCAGGGGGUCACGAAGAGUCGGAGACGACUAAAUAACAACAACAACAUGUUCAACAAGGAAGAGCAUCUCUCCUGACACUGAUUGGAAGAUCUUCUGCUGUCUGCUCUGAAGUGCCCCCGGAUGUUAGGUUUCUCUCUGUGCUCCUCGCCACAAAUCAGCCACCAGGAGCAAAACAGGAAAUGGAGCAGGAAACAGUUAGAAGAGGUGUCUUUUGCCGGCGGGGACUCGGGCGUAGCAGCUGUUGGCUAGCUGUCUGGCUGGUCGGCGGUGGAUGUGUCGGCAUGCUAGCCCUUUUAGGGAAACCACCACCAUCGCUAGAGGAGCCCACAGGCCUCUCCAGCAUUCUAGUCCUCAGUGUGGUUUUGAGCCAUCUCGUCUGUUGGACUUGGAGCCAGGUUCUGUAGCAGCAUUGUGGUCCGUUCUAGAAAGGAAGGGACAAUAGCGGACUGGGCUGGAAGGUUCAUGUGAUUCAGUCGACUGCCUUUUAAAUCACUUCCUUUGGGGGUGGGGAACCCUGUUAGAAAUUAGCCAGGUGCCAGGCGCGGUUUGCGACUGGCGCGGGUCCAACUGCGACCACGUCUCAGGGUUGCAGAACUUGUAGAACUCAGCAGGGAGGAGGUGGAGGAGGAUAGGGACAAAAUUAGGAUGAGUUGGCUCCACCUCUCAUUGGCUCUGGUGCCCCCUGCUGUCGGGCUCCCUAUCUCCUGCCCCACCAGACGCAAUGGGCACUAACCCUGAGGAUUUGCAAUCGGUAUCUGUUAGCUAAUGAGCUCAUUUAAAUGGAAAAUUUCCUGCAGGCAGAUUAGGAGGUUUUCCAGGCAAUAUUCUGUUUCUGGAAAAAAUUCCUGCGGGAAGCUUUUCCUGUUCUGUUUCCAGAUUGCUCUUUGGAGUGCUUUCUCCUGGAGAGAUCUGGCAACAGAUUUUAAAGGGAUUUUUUAUGUGGCCCUGUUAAAUUGGCUCGAUGGCUUCUUUGACUCCGUACGCCUAUCAUAACUGCAUCCUUUUCCGUUCUGCUGCUCGUAGGGAAGAGAGUUGUGUUGUUUUAUUAUCACGUAUUUUAAAGUUAUUGGGCGCUGUUUGGAUGAAGGGCAAUUUUGGCUUUAUAGAGGAGAAGGAAGAUUUGCUGGGGGGGCUGCAGGAGUAACAGGCAGCGAGGUGGGGAAAUUCUGAACACUCUCCCCCCCCCCCCCAAGAUGAUGUUACUCCUUAGUUUGUUUCCAGGGUUAACCCUUUCCUGCCCAGGGGAUGCAUUCCCUCUGGGAAGCCCCUUGGGGAAAAAUGUGCCAAUGGAGUCGGAAGCAAAAAUGUGAGCAGAGCAAUGAAUGUGACUCUUACCUCUGUAUGGUACAAUGCAUUGCAGCCAUGCAAAAGUCUGAGGUUUCUUCUCUUUCUUCCUCCCCCCCCCCCCCGCAAACUCUCAUUGCUUGCAAAAGUCCCUGGGGAGGGUAUGGAACAGGAUUGUAGAGGGGCUGUGACCUGGGAAGAAGGGUGCAGCUUGCAAAGAGACCCGAGGGCCAGACAGAAGCAUUCAGAGGGCCAAUUCCGCCCCCAAAGUUGGUUUGUUUUAGGUGUGUGUGUGUGUGUGUGCCCCACCCCACCCCAAACCAAUUAUUUUUAUUUCUUUGCUUUCCCCCCAUCUUCCCGCCCCAAUACAGCACCUCCCAUGGGCCUGAUAAACUGCCAUCGAAUGCCAUGGAACUUUGUUCUAAGAAACAUCCUCCAGGUAAGAUCUUCUGAUUGGGCUGUUUUUUUGGGGUGGGGGUGGGGGUGGGGAAGGGAGCAGGACUGACAGGGGCUGGGCCGCCCCACCCACCCCAAUCAGCCACAAAAAUUAGGUGAUUUAACUUCUCAGACUCUUUUUCUCAUUCAGCCAUUGCAAGGUUGCCAACUUCCCAACAGAUCUCUGCCCCAGCGCCCCCAGUGUAGCCACUGGUGGGGGGACUGUGCUUCUGAGAAGCUUUUGCUUAAUUCCAUUUCAUUCGCAAUCGCUUCCUCUAAGAGACCAUGAAGCAUUAAAAAAAAUUUUAAAAUGUAAAUUAAAAGGUGCCUAAUGGUCAGAGAAGGGAUGUGGGUGACGCUGUGGGUUAAACCACAGAGCCUAGGACUUGCCGAUCAGAAGGUCGGUGGUUUGAAUCCCCGCGACGGGGUGAGCUCCCGUUGCUCGGUCCCUGCUCCUGCCAACCUAGCAAUUCAAAAGCACAUCCAAGUGCAAGUAGAUAAAUAGGUACCACUCCGGCGGGAAGGUAAACGGCGUUUCUGUGCGCUGCUCUGGUUUGCUAGAAGCAGCUUAGUCAUUCUGGCCACAUGACCUGUAAGCUGUACGCCGGCUCCUUCGGCCAAUAAAGCGAGAUGAGCACCGCAACCCCAGAGUCAACCACGACUAGACCUCAUGGUUAGGGGUCCCUUUACCUUCUUAAUGGUCAGAGCUGUUCAAUGGUGCCCUGGAAGGCCAUUGUCUCUUCCUUGCUGGAAGUAUUUAAACAGAGGCCAGACAAUCGUUUGUCAGGGAUGCGUAGUUGCAAGAUUCCUGCGUGCCUCGGGGGGUUGGGGUCAGACUGGAUGACCGCACAAGGUGCCUUCCAGUUCUAAAGCUCUGUGACAGAUUUUCAUAUCCAGAGUAUAUGUACCCUUGCCAGCGGGAUGAGGAGUUUGAGGGGGGUUUGUACCGCUUUAGAAGGUACAGAAGGGACUGUACCACUUUAGACAAAAGGCGGUCUUGUCCCGUUUUUGAAUUCAACCCCGUUCCCCAGGUUAAAAGCCAGCCAAAUGUUCUGCAAGUAGACAAGCAGCGCUUCAAGGCGAUCUAGCCCGGCCCUCUCUCUCCCUGCUAAGCUAGCUUCCUACCUGUGAAAAUUCCUGAGCUGAGCAGUGGGCUGGGUUUGGAUGGCCUUUGGAGGUCCCUUCCCAAUCUACCAGCCUAUGACUUUUUCAUCUGGGUCAGGCUCCUGUCUAAAGCGAAGGAGCAAGUCGCAUUGCCUUAUUUCCUUCCUGGUCAGUUGGCAACCCAGCAGCCCGGACUACCUUACAGGGUUCUUGUGAGGAGAGAGAGCGAGAGAGCUGGGGUGGGGUGGCUGUCUCUGUGACAGAAGAGGUGGACUGAGGUAAAAACAGAUUUAAUAAUGAGCAGGAACCUAAGCAAAAUGACUUUUUUUUGGGGGGGGGGGAUGUCCCAUUAUAGUGAUUUGCCUGCCUUCGACUGACUCCGUAAGGUCUUUCUGGGUUGGGGGUGGGGCUGGGGGAAGAGAAGCAGGCAGGCGAGAGGUCGCCCCCCCUCGUCCCCCCCAUGCCGCGGUUACCUAAGCAACGCCGUCCCGGCCCCUCAUUGGCCGCUGUGUGGCGGUGGGCGGCCCCCGUCUCCUUCAAUGUCAGCGUGGAGUUUUCUCCUGCAGCGAGUGGGGAGGGGGGGCAGUAGCAGCCGCCGCCGAGGCAGGAGGAGAAUGGGGGGCACGGACUGGGGAGGCCGAUGGGGGGCCGCUGCCUAAGCCCGGGGGGCCUCCUGCAAGGCCCCCCCUCCCCAUAAAACACACGCAAAUCCGGGCCCGGCGGUAACCAUGACGAUCCCUAAGGAGAUGCCCGAGAAAUGGCCCUGGGUCACCGUGGCGACGGGCAGCCGCGGACAGGCGCCUGGGGGGACAGGUAUUUUUUUUGGGGGGGUGGGGGUUUGACAAGUGAAAGUUUGGGGGUUUGGCUAGCAGGGUUUUUUUCUUUUUGCUUUUUAGGGUUGGGGGCUCCUCAAAUAUCCACGUCCAGCCUUUGUCCUGUCACGACCUCCUUGGAGAGAGCUGUCAUUGCAGUUCUCUUCACAAACAUUACCUCAUACCGCGCCUGCUUCCUUCUCCCCCCCCCCAACUCUGGCUCCUCUCCUUUGCACUAUAUUUUCUUUGGUGGUGGUGGGGACACAGGAGAUCCCCCUUUUUACCCAAAGGAAUACCCCCCUCCUUCCCACCUGUCCCCCUCCAUCCCCGCAAAUGACCUUGCUUCUGAGACUGCCGAGAGUCGCAAGUUUGGAAACGGGGACAGAGUCCGUUCCAACAAUGGAUUGGGGGGGUUGCGAAAACCCAGAGCAGUUUUAUUUCAGUAUUUGGGACAGGUGGUGGGGGGGAAGCUACUCCUGGGGUGGUUUUUUUGUGGUGGUGGGGGGCAUGCAAAGAAUUAAGAGAGCCAGCCAAUCUCAUGCAGUCGGGAAGCGGGUUAUCAAAUCCGCUACCCUUUGUGUUCAGCUUGGAAUGUUUAGCAAGCCAGGGGGGCAGCUGCUGGAGGGGUGGUGGUAAGCCUGGCAAAGUGGGGUACGGUGAUUUUUUUGGGGGGGUGUUGUGUGCCGGCGGCUGAUUUUUGGCCUCUGUUUUCAGAGGAGGAAAGGCGGGUGAAAGCAAACGCCCGAGAGUAUAACGAAAAGUUCCAGUAUGCGGUAAGUACGGGGUUAGGAGUUUGCGGCUGGGGGCUGUGAUAAAAUAUUUAAGGUCUUAUAUAUAUAUUUUAAUAAAUUGUGUGCGUGAGUUUUCUGGGAAGGGAGGGGUGGUGGUGGAACAACCCACUUUUCGUGGCGGGAACACGGAAUCUGUGUUGGCGGGGCAGAGAAGGGGCGUGGGGCUGCGUUUAUAUCCCAUAGAGAGGGAUGUGAAAGGGGUGAGCUUGGUUUUGUGGGGAGUUAGGGACAGAAAAGGAAGAACCCAGACCUUUUUUUGGGUGGGGGAAGGAGAUCAGAGGUGAUGGUGGGCUCUAGGGAUGUGGGUGUAAACAUUUAAAAGGCUAACCCGCGGUGUAGUGGUUAAGAGGGUAGGACUCGGAGCUGGGAGAGACCUGGGUUCAAAUCCAUGAAGUUCACUGGGCGUGACCUUGAGGCAGUCGCUGCCUCUCAGCCUAAUUUGCCUCACGGGGUUGUUACGAGGAUUGAAUGAGAAGUGGGAGUAUUUUGGAUUAAAAUUUCCUUGGAAAUUACUACUGCUACUACUAUUUGCACUUUCUGGAAUGAUGCACAGAAUGAAACACAGCCAUCCUUUGAAAUCUGCAGUUCCCUGAAUUUUGCAACGUCGUUCUCCCAAACCAAGCGUACAAAAAUGCACAUGGAGCGUGCCUUGUAAAUUUCACUUCAGCAAAAACAGCUUACAAAGAUGCAUAUUCCGUUACAGAACAUCCUUUUUCAGAACUUUGGGGGGGAAAUGAGAAACUGAGACGGAAUCAGAUUUGCCCAUCCCAUAUGGGGAGGCGACUGCUGCUCAGUAUUUUUUUUGGGGUGGGGUGUUUGCGGGAAAUCCCAGGAAACCUUGGAGCUGCCCUUCCGCUUUCUGGAAGCUUCUUCCCACACCACUGCCCUGCUUCUGACUGGGCUUGACCCCUCGUAUCUUGGCUAGGGUGUGUCUGUGAAUAACUUCCUGUCUGGGGACAGCAGCCCAGCUCAGCGGUUAUAAAUAGAGCGUUAAGUGUGGAAGGCAGACAAAGAAACUUUGGGAUAUUUUUUCCUCUUUCUGGAGUGAAGGUGGAGAGAGAGAUUUUGAGUCUUUACCCUCCAACAGUAAAUUGUGUUCCUAGUCCACCCGCACAUUAUCCCCACAGCCUUGUGCACAUCCUAGUGUGUUGAACGGUAAUUGUGAAGUCCAUGAAAGAUCUAGGUGUGUUCUCACUCACAGAGUUGCCACCGGGAAAGCAGGCUGUGAGUUGCAGGUGGGUUUACCGCUUGAACAGUAAUUAAUAAAAAUGGCAAAGCAGUACAGCUUUAUUCAUCGGGGAAUUAACAAGGAGCACAGGGCGUUUCGCGGGUGGCGCUGUGUGUUAAACCACAGAGCCUAGGACUUGCCGAUCAGAAGGUCAACGGUUCGAAUCCCCAUGACGGGGUGAGCUCCCAUUGCUCGGUCCCUGCUCCUUCCAACCUAGCAGUUCAAAAGCACAAAGUGCAAGUAGAUAAAUAGGUACCGCUCUGGCGGGAAGGUAAACGGCCUUUCUGUGCACUGCUCUGGUUCGCCAGAAGCGGCUUAGUCAUGCUGGCCACAUGACCCGGAAGCUGUACGCCGGCUCCCUCGGCCAAUAAAGCGAGAUGAGCGCCGCAACCCCAGAGUUAGUCACGACUGGACCUAAUGGUCAGGGGUCCCUUUACCUUUAAAUUGUUAUUGGUUUUAGAAUGUUUUUGUUAUAACUGUAUAUAAAGGUAAAGUAAAGGUAAGGGACCCGUGGAUGGUUAAGUCCAGUCAAAGGCAACUAAGGGGUUGCGAUGCUCACCUCACUUUCAGGCCGAGGGAGCCGGCGUUUGUCCACAGACAGCUUUCCGGGUCAUGUGGCCAGCAUGACUAAACCGCUUCUGGCGCAACGGGACACCGUGACGGAAACCAGAGCGCACGGAAAUGCCGCUUACCUUCCCGCUGCAAUGGUACCUAUUUAUCUACUUGCACUGGUGUGCUUUCGAACUGCUAGUUUGGCAGGAGCUGGGACAGAUGGUCAGGGGUCCCUUUACCUUUACCUUUACAGGGUGUUUCUUUGCACCGAGCGAGAUGCCUGGUCCAUCUAGUUCAGUACUGUCCACACCGAUUGGCAGUAACCAAUCUUAUUUCUGAAUGGCAGGGGGUUGUACCAGAUGACCAACUCUACAAUGCUAUGAAUUCUACGAUUCUCCAGGGUUUCAGGAAGGGAGUCCCUCCCAACCUUACCGGGAACGGAUUGAACCCGGGGCUUUUUGCACACAGAAAGCAGGCCCCCGUUCCCACGUCCUUUCCAGCUGCUUCUUCUACAAAUUAAAAAUGAAGUUGGUAGUCUUCACAGUUCUGGAAAAAAAGGGGGGCUGAUUUAAACAGGAACGCAGGAAGGCGCCUAAUUCCGAGUCAGAUCACCUCUGAGUCCACCUGCCUCCAUAUUGUCUGCACUGACAGGCAGUGUCUCUUCAGGAUUUCCCUUCCUGGAGAUUAUCGGGGAUUGAACCCGGGUCGUUCUGUGUGCCAAGCAGACGCUCUGCCAGCUUCGACGGCCCUUCCCCAAGGGUUGAAAACAGGGCGGAGAAGAUCUGUUGGAGGAGUUUUGGGGUGGGGGACUGCUGGGAAAGCUGGCCGUGGGGCAGAGCGGAGACACGCGCUCCCUGCGCGUUUCGCCAUCUUAUGUUGUUUCCUUUCCUCUCUCCCCACAGAGUAACUGCAUCAAGACGUCCAAGUACAACGUGGUCACAUUCCUGCCCAUCAACCUCUUUGAGCAGUUCCAGGAAGUGGCUAACACUUACUUCCUCUUCCUCCUUAUUCUCCAGGUGCGGCCCGUUCACGGGACUCUCAUAUUGGGGCAAGAGGGGAUUUUGGAAGUGUUAACGUGGGCGGCAUUUUGGUUUUGGUUUUGGAGAGUGGUGGAGGAGACUCCUUAGAAGCACCCUGCCGCCUCUUCUUCCCCUGCCUUCACUUACCCUCUCGCCUGUCUUCCUCCACCCAGCUGAUUCCACAGAUAUCCUCCCUUUCGUGGUUCACCACCAUAGUGCCUUUGGUUCUUGUGCUUACCAUCACGGCGGUCAAGGAUGCCACUGACGAUUACGUAAGCAAGGGGGGGAAGUCUGGGAGAGGGGAGACCUGGGUUGGGGCUGGUGGCGAUUUGGACCACUUACCAGUGCUUUGCUGGAUUCCCAGAAUUCACAUCCUGCCUUUCUUUUGCCGUGGAACUCGCGGGAUCGUACGGGGCAGUUCCUUGGAAGGGGAGGUCAACCACCCAGCUGCUGGCCAAACCCAGACCUGCUUAGCACGAGUCAGCCGUGUGAUACGGCAGCAAAAAAGGCUAACGCAGUUCUAGGCCGCAUUAACAGAGGUCGAGUGUCCAGAUCAAGUCAUAGUACAGCGGUACCUUGGGUUAAGUACUUAAUUCGUUCCGGAGGUCCGUUCUUAACCUGCAACUGUUCUUAACCUGAAGCACCACUUUAGCUAAUGGGGCCGCCUGCUGUCGCCACGCCGCCGGAGCACAAUUUCUGUUCUCAUCCUGAAGCAAAGUUCUUAACCCGAGGUAAUAUUUCUGAGUUAGCGGAGUCUGUAACCUGAAGCGUAUGUAACCCAAGGUACCACUGUACAGUCAUACCUCAUGUUACGUCCGCUUCAUGUUACGUUCUUUCAGGUUAUGUCCCGCGGCGACUGGGAAGUACCGGAAAGGGUUACUUCCAGGUUUUGCUGCUCGCGCAUGCGCAGAAACGCAAAAUGACGUCACGCGCGUGCGCAGAAGCGGCAAAUUGCGACUCACGUGUGCGCAGAUGCGCCACUGUGGGUUGUGUUUUUUUCAUGUUGCGAACGGGCCUCUGAAACGGAUCCCGUUUGCAACCAGAGGUACCACUGUUACGCUCUAUUCUGCCUUGGUCAGACCACGCCCAGAAUACAGUGGUACCUCGGGUUACAUAUGCUUCAGGUUACAUACGCUUCAGGUUACAGACUCCGCUAACCCAAAAAUAAUACCUCGGGUUAAGAACUUUGUUUCAGGAUGAGAACAGAAAUCGUGCUCCGGCAGCGCGGCAGCAGCGGGAGGCCCCAUUAGCUAAAGUGGUGCUUCAGGUUAAGAACAGUUUCAGGUUAAGAACGGACCUCCGGAACGAAUUAAGUACUGUGCCCAGUUCUGGGCAACACAAUUUAAGAAAAAUAUUGACAAGUUGGGAAGGUGUUCAGAGGAGGGCAAGCGAGAUGAUCAAGGGUCUGGAAACCAAGCCUGAUGAGGAACGGUUGAAGGAGCUGGGCAUGUUUAGCCUGGAAAAGAGACUGAGAGGAGAUAUGAUAGCAAUCUUCAGAAGUUGGUUUUCUGCUGCUCAGAGCGUAGGACCCAAACCAAUGGAUUCAGACAACAAGGAGACUCCGACUAAACGUUAGAAAGAACUUUCUGACUAGGGUUGGACUAGAUGACCACUGGGACACCUUCCAACACUAUUAUUCUACCUGGAGAUUUAACCCAGAACCUUCUGCACUCAAAGCAGAAGAAUAUAAAAAGGCAUAAAAAGAUCCUGGUUGCUGGAUGAGGCCCAUGGCCCAUCUAGUCCAGCAUCCUGUUCUCACAGUGGCCAACCAAAUACCACUGGGAAGCCCGCAAGCAGGACCUGAGUGCGAGAGCAACUCUCUCUACUCUGCGGUUCCCAGCAAGUGACGUUCAGAGGCAUUUUGCCUCUGACAGUGCAGGGAGAACAUAGCCAUUGUGACUAGCGGCCCCUGAUCGCCUGACCCUCCUCGAUUGUGCCGGGGGACCUUCCUUUCAUUCUGCAUCGCGGGGUUGGGCUAGAUGACCCUUGGGUCCCUUCCGACUCUUAAGAUUCUGCGAUCUUGCUGUCUCUCUGCAGUUUCGCCACAAGAGUGACAACCAGGUGAACAAUCGCCAGUCUCAGGUGCUGAUCAAUGGGAUGUGAGUAUUACCACGGCAACUGCGGAUCGGUGGUGGUUGUUGUGGUGGAUUUCUGGGCGAGGGGUGGGAAAUCCGCCAGGCCAGCAAUGGGUGAUGGGAAUCCUGUGGCCCUCUGGAUACGCCUGGACUCAAAACACCCGCUUCAGCCACCCAGCAUGGCCAGUGAUCAAGGAGGAGGAUGUGAGUUUGAGCCCAGCAAAAUUUGGAGGGCUGUGGGGGGUCACACACACACCCCAGGGUGGUUGGUGGCCAUUGAGAGUUGUCAGGGAACUGCCAUCGGAGGUAGAGGCGGAGGGAAGGCUCCAGAGGGAUGGAGGAGAGGGUCCCAGUAGGGAGAGAGGCAGCCCGUCCGCUGGGGAAGGAAAUCAGCGUAACACCAGUAGAGAAGGGGGGCAGAUGAGGGAAUCGGAGAGGAGGCUCCAAGACUCCUCGCCGGAGACCAGCGGAGAGAGUACGGGUCCUCCGCUGCCCACACCCUCCCUGCGCAGAACGCUUCCGCUCAGGGAGUCUAGGCGGAGACUAGGCAUCAAAGAACUUUUGUGCUGGAAGAAGUUUAAGAAACGCCCACUGACGGAUUCUGCCAGCGACUGAGGCAGUCACGAUGCUGGAGGCUGUUCAGUCAGAAAGGGUUUAACCAGGUAACCUAGCCAGGAGUGGCGGCAACAUCCGCACGAGCAACCCCUAAAUCCAUUACAAGAGUGAUAGAUAGAAGGCAGGGAGCCCAACAGUAGGAGCAGCUGGAGCGUGUGAUUGGUGGAGCUGGAGCGCGUUAUUGGUGGAGCAGGAGCCUGUGAUUGGUGGAGGAGAAGCCUGUGAUUGUUAGAGCUGGAGCCUGUGAUUGGUGGAGACGGAGCCUGUGAUUGUUAGAGCCGGAGCCUGUGAUUGGUGGUUCCCCAUCCUCGAGUUAAAACAAGUGUUGGGAAUACUGGACUGCAACUCCCAUCAUCCCUGGCCAUUGACCGUGUUGGAUGGGGCGGAAAUUCCAACUUUAAUGGAGUGGCAGACGAAAAUGUUUGAAUACAUAGAAUUGGCGAACAUGACUUAUAAGAUUCGGAACCAAAAAGUAACCAAGUUCGAAGAGGAAUGGAGUAAAUUCGUUGAAUGUAUAAGGAAUAAUUGUAGAAGCUUAAAGACUGUAGCAGGGCUAAUAUAAAUCUUGUGAUAUGGACAGAAUGUAAAUAAGAAUCUGUAAGAGUGGAUGUUAAUUAUGAAAACCGAUGGAGGGAAGUCCGGGCGUGAUGGUAAAUAAGAAGACACAAUAAUGUUGAAUGUAAGAGUAUAUAUUUUAUUUAUUCUUGUUUUGGAAAAUCAAUAAAAAGCAUUAAAAAAAAAAGGCCGCGUUGGCUGGGGCUGAUGGGAGUUGUAGUUCAGCCACACCUGGCGGGCCAGAGGUUCCCCACACCUGAUCGAAGUAAAUAUACCUUAAGUGAUGGGGUUGGGCUUGUCUGCCUGUUUUCAUUUGACACACCUCCUUUUUCUCCACUGCCAACCCCCUCUCCCCAAAUCUUCCCCACACCUGGUCCUUACAGCCUCCGUCAGGAACAGUGGAUGAAUGUUCGCGUUGGUGACAUCAUAAAGUUGGAGAACAACCAGUUUGUGGCGGUGAGUCCUAGACCAGCCCCGCAGUGCUGUUUGCCCCACUUAAGCUGAGUGAGACCCACCAGUACCUGCAAGUCUGGGAAUGAAGGAAAGGUCUGGUGAGCCAUGUUGGGGCACCUGACUUGCGUGCAGAAGGUCCCAGGUUCAGUCCCUGGCCUCUCCAGGUUGGUGUGGGAACUCUCCCUGCCUGGAGAGCUGCUGCCGGUCAGUGUAGACAAUACUGAGAUGGAUGGACUGACUUGCACUAAGGCAAGGUAAAGGUAAAGGGACCCCUGACCAUUAGGUCCAGUCGUGACCGACUCUGGGGUUGCAGCGCUCAUCUCACUUUAUUGGCCAAGGGAGCUGGCGUACAGCUUCCGGGUCAUGUGGCCAGCAUGACUAAGCCGCUUCUGGUGAACCAGAGCAGCGCACAGAAACGCCAUUUACCUUCCCGCUGGAGUGGUACCUAUUUAUCUACUUGCACUUUGAGGUGCUUUCAAACUGCCAGGUUGGCAGGAGCAGGGACCGAGCAACGGGAGCUCACCCCGUCACGGGGAUUCGAACCGCCAACCUGAUCGGCAAGCCCUAGGCUCUGUGGUUUAACCCACAGUGCCACCUGCGUCCCUUAUAAGGCUCUUGCUUAUAUUCCUAUUGCUUAUGUUCCUCUUAAAUCACACCUUUGCACGGAACCAUGAGGACUGGAACCUUAGUUUCUUUUCAGGGAAAGGACUAUAUAGCACCUGCUCUGCGUGCCGAAGGUUCAGUCCCCAGUGGCAUCUCUGAGCAUGGCUGGGAACUGUUCCCUGCCUGAAAUCCUAGAGAGCUUCUGCCAGUCAGUGUAGACAAUACUGAACUAAAUGGACCAAUGGUCUGACUCAGUAUAAGGCAGCUUUCUGUGUUCCUAAAGUAUAACAUAGCCUAUGUGGUCCCUAUACAGUGGUACCUCAGGUUAAAUACGCUUCAGGUUACAUACGCUUCAGGUGCAGACUCCGCUAACCCAGAAAUAGUGCUUCAGGUAAAGAACUUUGCUUCAGGAUGAGAACAGAAAUUGUGCUCUGGCGGCGUGGCAGCAGCAGGAGGCCCCAUUAGCUUAACCCGAGGUACCACUGCACUGAGAGAUUAGGACAGUGGUUCUCAAACUUUUUCUUCUGGGCCACACACUCAUAGUAAGAAUUUGCUUGUGCCACACCAUUUUUUAAUCAAUGAGAAAUACACUGUGAAGCAAAGAGCAAAACAAACAACUGCUAGCAGUGGUUGAUUUGUAACGUGGAACACAACAACUUUAUAAUAUGAUCGUAGGACGUCCCGAAAGUAUAAAACUACACGGCCACCUAAGAACAUGACUCAUUCCCAAAAUAUAAUUCUAAAUGAUCCUCUUACAUACGUACCUUAAGUAUGUAUACAAACUCAAUGAGAGGUGUGAGCUUGCUUUUGCCGGAUAAUCUAAUGUAAAUUAGGUCUAAUUUGAGACAAACAACACUCAUUUCCUCAUCCACACAAAGAAACCUUUCUCUUUUCUGAUCUUCCCAUGGCUGGGGCAACUGAGGCAGAUGGGCGGGGUAUAAAUAACAAAAUUGUUUGUCAGAGUUGAAAAUCCCUGAUCACAGCAACUGUAGAAUAGCCAAUGCUCUUGCUCUUGUUUUGAAAAUACAUUUAUCCAUAGUCUGCAAAAAAGAGAAAUUAUUUUUAUACUAUACCAUGGGUAGGCAAACUAAGGCCUGGGGGCUGGAUCCGGCCCAAUUGCCUUCUAAAUCUGGCCUGUGGACGGUCCGGGAAUCAGCGUGUUUUCACAUGAGUAGAAUGUGUGUUUUUGUUUAAAAUGCAUCUCUGGGUUAUUUGUGGGGCAUAGGAAUUCAUUCAUAUUUCCCCCCCAAAAUAUAGUCCGGCCCACCACAUGGUCUAAGGGACGGUGGACCGGCCACCUGCUGAAAAAGUUUGCUGACCCCUGUACUAUACUAUACUGUACUGUACUGUACUAUACUAUAUAGUACCAUGGAUAGCUCAGUCAGUGGAACAUGAGACUCUUAGGUGGAAUCUACACACAUAUAAAAAAAUGCUGUGGAAAUUCUUUUUUAAAAAAACGUUUUGAAAAAUACAUUCAAUUUGGCAUAGCUCACCGUCGCCAUCUGGUGUCACUUUGGAAAAUUGCACUUGACAACAUAUUAAAUGCAUUUGACGUCUCUCCCCCCCCUUGCCAAUACCAGUGUGGUGCGCUAUACUCUUUGAGAAGAUUAGGAAUAUAAAGGGUGCAGUCUGCACGUUUGUGUGAAUUCAGGCACAGCCUCUGUGGCUGAUAUUUGCUGCUUUAGCCGCUUUCCUCCUCUUCUCCCCCCAGGCUGACUUGCUCCUCCUGUCCAGCAGCGAACCUCACGGACUUUGCUACAUCGAAACGGCAGAGCUGGACGGGUGAGUGCUGACCCCAUUUUCCAUGCUUUUCCCUCAGCAGUUGAGGCAGUUGAGGGGGCCGUCUCGGAAAGUGAGCCUUGCGCUAUUGGGUUUACGCAUUGAAGCAGGUGUCUGCUCAUUUGGAUGGGGGUCUCCGUUGGGCUGGGACUGCUAGCAUGGUAUAGUGGUUAAGGUGCCAGACUGGGACCUGGAAGAGACCAGGGUUCAAAUCCCCGCUGAGCCCCGAAGGUCGCUUGGGCCAGUCGCAGCCUCUCAGCCUAACCCCACCUCACAGGGUUGUCGCGAGGAUAAAAUUGGGAGGAGGGAAAACCGUAUAUACCAGGGAGAGAUUGGUUGGCUAUACGUCCUGGAUGCUUUAGUUAUUUUAUAUUUUAUAUUUUAUUUGAAUGAAUAUUAUUAUUUCGGUCACAGACCAGUUCCAGCCCACGUACAAUAUCAAGGAAGUCAUAAAACACGAUAGGGAUACAUUUGAAUUUGCAAUUAGGUAUAGCAGGGACAAUACAGAUUUAGCAACAGUUAAAAAAUAUAUAAAUUAAAACUUAGUAUAUUUUAUUUAUACUCUGCUCAUCUGGCUGGGUUUCCCCAGCCACUUCGGGCAGCUUUACAGCGCAUAUAAAACAUAGUAAAAUGUUUUCUAUUUGAGAUUCAUUCAUUGCAGAGGGGUCAGACUAGAUGACUCUAGGGGUCCCUUCCAACUCCACAAUUCUAUGAUUCCUACCACCUUGAGUUCCUUGGAAGAAAAGGCGGGAUAUGCACGAACUGAAUGAAUAAAAUGAUACUCUAUUAUUCCCCCCCCCAUAAAAUCAAUAUACUGCUUACAGUGGUGCCUCGCAAGACGAAAUUAAUCCGUUCCGCGAGUGUCUUCAUCUAGCGGUUUUUUCGUCUUGUGAAGCAACCCUAUUAGCGGCUUAGCGGAUUAGCGCUAUUAGCGGUUUAGCGGCUAUUAAAGGCUUAGCGGCUUAGCUGCUAAAAGGCUAUUAGCGGCUUAGCGGCUUAGAAAACGGGGGGGGGGAGCGAAAAAAAUAUCUCAAGACUCGCAAGACAUUUUCGUCUUGCGAAGCAAGCCCAUAGGGAAAUUUGUCCUGUGAAGCAACUCAAAAACGGAAAACCCUUUCGUCUAGCGGGUUUUCCGUCUUGCGAGGCAUUCGUCUUGCGGGGCACCACUGUAAUUGUAAAAACAAAACCCCAAAGCAGUUUACAAGAGGAAUAGAACGACGACAUUAUCGGUAAGAAAACAGUUAAAAGCAACAAUUUGAAACCUCCAAAAAAUAAUUUAAACCGAUAAGCUGAAAACCAGAUUGAAGCACAUGUCAGCGUUCCACAUGUCUGGAUAGACUUGCUAAAAUAAAAAUGUUUUUAGUGAAGGUGCCUGGCUUUUGUCAAAAGGCAGGGAGUUCUAUAGGGUGGCUGUUUUUGGCAUGUCAGCUAUUUUUAUUCCAAGGCGAUCCGAACUGCUUACCUAGUUCAUUUCAUUCAUUAUGAACUGCUUACGUUUAAACAAGGCUCUUCACGGUUAUAACAUGUCCAAAUAUAUAUUAGAAAAGAAUAGAGAAUUUCUACGUUCUAUAAAAUGCUGUCGACAGCAAAAUGGAACCUCAGCCUUUCAAUCAAAACAUUUUAAAAAUUUGCCCAUCAAGCGGUUUUUAAAUCAGCAAACAAAUGGCAAGCGAGCUCGGUGGAGCCUCCCUGUUCGGUCACAGUCUAUCUGAAUGUAAGUUGCUGAUGGGGGAGGUAGGUAAACCAGCUGGCACUUGGCUGUAGGCUUUCCUGCCUGCCUUUUGGCCUUUCUGGGCGGCUUCCAACAAAACAUUAAAUACAAUAACCUAUAAAACAGUAAAAGCUUCCCUAAACAGGGCUGCCUUCAGAUGUCUUCUAAAAGUUUGGUAGUUACUUUUCUCUUUGACAUCUGGUGGGAGGGCGUUCCACAGGGCGGAUGCCACUACCGCGAAGGCCCUCUGCUUGGUUCCCUGUAACUUGGCUUCUCGCAAUGAGGGAACCGCCAGAAGACCCUCGGCCCUGGACCUCAGUGUCCGGGCAGAACGAUGGGGGUGGAGACGCUCCUUCAGGUAUACUUGACCGAGGUCGUUUAGGGCUUGAAAGGUCAGCACCAACACUUUGAAUUGUGCUCGGAAACGUACUGGGAGCCAAUGUAGGUCUUUCAAGACCGGUGUUAUAUGGUCUCGGCGGCCGCUCCCAGUCACCAGUCCAGCUGCUGCAUUCUGGAUUAGUUGUAGUUUCCGGGUCACCUUCAAAGGUAGCCCCAUGUAGAGCGCAUUGCAGUAGUCCAAGCGGGAGAUAACCAGAGCAUGCACCACUCUGGCGAGACAGUCCGCGGGCAGAUAGGGUCUCAUCCUGCGUACCAGAUGGAGCUGAUAACAGCUGCCCUGGACACAGAAUUGACCUGUGCCUCCAUGGACAGCUGUGAGUCCAGAAUGACUCCCAGGCUGCGCACCUGGUCCUUCAGGGGCACAGUUACCCCAUUCAGGACCAGGGAGUCCUCCACACCUGCCCAUCUCCUGUCCCCAAAAACAGUACUUCUGUCUUGUCAGGAUUCAACCUCAAUCAGGAUUCAACCUGUGAGGAGCAGGACGCUGUGCAUCUUGGAUCCCUUCAUCCUGAUCCAGUUCUUACUUCGCCUCUUUUCAUUGGGGGUAGGCUUGAGUGCGAGGACUGCCCCCCUGGACAGGGAUCCAGGACCUAGGCGCCUGGGCCUGCUCCUUGCCUCCCCUCCAUGCUUAAUGCUGCUUUUGCCUCCAGGGAGACCAACAUGAAGGUCCGUCAGGCCAUCCCAGUGACGUCGGAGCUGAGUGACACCAGCAAGCUUGCGCACUUUGAUGGUGAGUGGGGGGGGAGGAGCGUAGUUUUGCAUGCGACACAGAGCAUUCAGGUUUUCCUAACUGGCCCUCGGGACACCCCCUCCCUCCUUGCGUGUGUUUUCCCCGGCCUGGGCCGACUGUCCUUCGUCUCUUGAGGCUGAGAAACGCUCCCCACCUCUGGUUUGCCUGGUGCCACCAGUGCUUUGCAGGUUGCAAAGGGCCGGGUCCCUGCCCCAGGUAGCUUACAUUAUAAAAUGCUGAGGGAACAGGUGGAGGGCAAGGGGAGCAUCCUCAAUAAAACUCCAACCAGAUAAGUCUCUGCCCCGAGGAUCUUCCAGAUAUGAAGUUUCGUUGAAUUGGAAAAGAGACUGAGGGCAAGGUGAUGGUGAAAAUAACAAUGAUGAUGAUGAUGAUGAUGAUAAUUAAUAAUAAUGAAUUAAUUAAUUUAUACCCCGCCCAUCCAGCUGGGUUUCCCCAGCCACUCUGGGCAGCUCCCAACAGAAUAUUAAAAUCACGAUAAAACUUCAAACAUUAAAAGCUUCCCUAAACAGGGCUGCCUUCAGAUGUCUUCUAAAAGUCAGAUAGUUGUUUAUUUCCUUGACAUCUGAUGGGAGGGCGUUCCACAGGGCGGGCGCCACCACCGAGAAGGCCCUCUGCCUGGUUCCCUGUAACCUCACUUCUCGCGGUCAGGAAACUGCCAGAAGGCCCUCGGAGCUGGGCCUCAGUGUCCGGGCUGAACGAUGCGGGUGGAGACGCUCCUUCAGAUAUACUGGACCGAGGCCGUUUAGGUGUACCAGGAAUAGCUGAGCUUCCUCUUCCUCUUAGUCUCUCAUUGGCUCUGGCGCCACCUGCUGUUGGGCUCCCUGCCUGCCACCCAGUGGGCACCUCCAGCCUCUGCUCGCUGCACCCAGCAAAAUUUCCUAGCUUGGAGGAAAUGCAAGGUACUUCCGACUGGGGAAUUUGUUCUGAAUUGAUGCCUUUCGACUUCAGGGGAGGUGAUCUGCGAGCCGCCCAACAAUAAGCUGGACAAGUUCAGCGGGACGCUUUACUGGAAGGACAGCAAGCACUCCUUGAGCAACCAGAACAUGCUGCUUCGUGGCUGCGUCCUCCGGAAUACGGAGUGGUGUUUUGGCCUUGUCAUCUUCGCAGGUGCGUGAGCUUAUUUCCAGCUUAUUUCAGUUUUCCUUAAAGCGGUUGAUACCCUGCUCUUCAGCCAAGGAGCCUCAUCCAGAGCACCUUGCCUCCCCACCCCAAAACCAGCCUGCCCUUCGGUGCACAAUCUGGAAAGACCCGACACGCUGUGAUGGCCUGGGACUCGGGCUCAGACUCGGAACCAGAGGAGUCUCAGUCUGCACAGGCAUCCUUUGCCUCAGGCAUCAUCUGAACCAAGUCUGGGGCCUGAACCUGAAGAGUCCCAGUCUGCACAGGUUCCCCUGCAACAAGCACCAGCUGGGCCGAGUCAGGGGCCUGAGCCUGCCCUGGCUCCAGAGGCGGGGAUGACCUCGUUGCCUCCAGCUGGGCCCUACCGGUUGGGUCAGGGGAGGCUGAGGCGGCCCCUGGGUCUAGUAACCCACCGACGUCUCCCGAGCUGCAGAGACUGAGGUCUGAGAGAAGGAGAGACCUGAGUACUCGCAGGAGGAGUGCUCGCCUUUGGGCGAGACAGGGAGGUGAGUCGCUGGGGGAUCAGGACCGGCCGUUACCCCGACAAAGAUAAAAGGCUGUCGGACCCCGCCCCAGGUUGUGGGAGCAACAUGGCUGUAUGCUAGAUCCUGCCUGAGAUCCUGUACCUGUUCUUGCCUGGUUUCCUGCCUUGGCCCUGUCGGACUGACUCCCAGGGGAACCUUCGGAUUCUGGUCCGGUCCUGGACCGCGUUUCAUGGGUUACCGCCGGGCUCAGCACACACGCAAGGAAAAAGGGAGGGAGCUUAUCGUCCCUCCCUCUCCUGAUCUCUCAUGGCUUCCUGAAGCUCUGUCAGGAUCUGGUUGAAAAGAGGAAGAAUUGUUUCACAAGGUCACAACAAUGGGGGGAAGUCAGUGCCCCCCCAACCCUUGACCUAUUUAUUACAUUUCAUUUCAUGGAACCAUAAAAUUGGAGAGUUGAAAAGGAGCCACAAGGGUCAUCUAGGCCAGGCAAGUCCAACCGGUCAAUCGCGGGAUGUUCCUGGUUGACCCUAAUAAUAAUAAUAAUAAUAAUAAUAAUAAAUAUAAUAAUAAUAAUAAAUUUUAUUUAUAUCCUGCCCUCCCCAGCCAAAGCCGGGCUCAGGGCGGCUAACAACAAUAAAACAGUACAAAAGUACAGCACAAACAACACUCUAAAAUCAUUCAUUAUAAAAUUAAUUCAAAUCAAGCCACUGGCAACCAUUGGGCCAGAGCUCCGUGAAGAUUGCCGAGGCAGGGAGUCAGGCUGUGCCCUGGCCAAAGGCCUGGUGGAACAGCUCUGUCUUGCAGGCCCUGCGGAAAGAUGUCAAGUCCCGCAGGGCCCUGGUCUCUUGUGACAGAGUGUUCCACCAGAUCGGAGCCACAGCCGAAAAGGCCCUGGCUCUAGUUGAGGCCAGCCUAACUUCCCUGUGGCCUGGGACCUUCAAGAUGUUUUUAUUUGAAGACCGUAAGUUUCUCUGUGGGGCAUACCAGGAGAGGCGGUCCCGUAGGUACGAGGGUCCUAGGCCAUAUAGGGCUUUAAAGGUUAAAACCAGCACCUUAAACCUGAUCCUGUACUCCACCGGGAGCCAGUGCAGCUGGUAUAGCACCGGGUGAAUGUGAUCUCACAGCGAAGACCCCGUAAGGAGUCUCGCCGCAGCAUUCUGCACCCGCUGGAGUUUCUGGGUCAGUCUCAAGGGCAGCCCCACGUAGAGCGAGUGACAAUAAUCCAGUCUGGAGGUGACCGUCGCGUGGAUCACAGUGGCUUGGUCAGGGCGAGAGAGGUAAGGAGCCAACUGCUUAGCUUGGUGGAGAUGGAAAGCGAUUGUUAGCUCCCCCACCCCCACCCCCCCAAAAAAAAGGAAAGGAAAGAGGGAGAAAAUGCUCAACAACCGUGGUCUCUUCCCCUAAAAAAGAUAGUUGGACAUGCCUGAUCUAGGCCAAUGCAGGAAAUCUACAUUGUUACGGGUGCAAGUCCUCAAAGCAGUAACUGCAGUACCUUGGAAUUUAAUUUGUUUGGGGCUUCAUAACGUAAGACAAGGACCUGGGGCCUGGCUCAGGAGUAGAUAGGCAGCCAGCGCAAAUGUUUUAAAUGCUGGAGUCACGUUGCAGUGGUACCUCGGGUUACAAACACCUUGGGUUACAAACACUUUGGGUUACAGACUCCGCUAACCCGGAAGUAGUACCUCGGAUUAAGAACUUUACCUCAGGGUGAGAACAGAAAUCGCACGGCGCGGUGGCAGCUGGAGGCCCCAUUAACUAAAGCGCGCCUCAGGUUAAGAACGUUUUCGGGUUAAAAACAGACUUCUGGAAUGAAUUAAGUUCUUAACCCGAGGUACCACUGUAAAUUACAUCACGUUCCUCCUGUAUGUUUAUUUCUCUGGCUCCUACAGGCCCAGACACCAAACUGAUGCAGAACAGCGGCCGAACGAAAUUCAAGAGAACGAGCAUUGACCGCUUGAUGAACACCUUGGUGCUUUGGGUACGUAAAGCUUCCUUCUCUCUCCCUCCCUUCCUAGAAUUCUAGAGUUGGAUGGGACCCUCCAAGGGUCAUCUAGACCAGGGGUCAGCAAGGUUUACUGGCCAUGGGCCGAAUCUCUCCUAUGGAGAUUGCCCGUGGGCCGGACUGGUGCAGUGCGAUGCCGGAAAUCGCAUCUGCACGUGUCCGCGGCGCUGGAAAUUGCUUCUGCGCAUGCCCAGACACCGGAAAUCACACCUGUGCAGAAGCGAUUUUCGGCGUCUGGACAUGCGCAGACGCAAUUUCCAGUAUCUGUGCAUGCGCAGACGCAAUUUCCAGUAUCUGUGCAUGCGCAGACGCAAUUUCCAGUAUCUGUGCAUGCGCAGACGUGAUUUCCGGCACUGCUUGGUGAGUCCCUGCGUCGCUACACCGACGUGCAGCGUGUGGGGAACUUGCUGAGCGGGUGGCUCGGUUUGGGGGCAGCUCGCGGGUGGCUCCGGCCCAUGGGCUACACGUUGCCUAUCCCUGAUAAACCCCCCUGCGAUGCAGGAAUUCUGCCUGCAGCCGUCCCUGGUUGGGUUUGAACCACCAACCUUUUGGUUAACAGCCGGGUGCACUGACCCGUUGCGCCACAGGAGGGCUCCCUUCUCUCCACGGUUUUUAAGCAAGGUUUCUCCCCUCCUGUUCCACCUGAGCACAGAAAAUCCUGCCCUCUCUUUGUGUGUUUUCUUUGUCUGCUUUUAUUACUCUGUGCGCCUUCCCCCGGCAGAUCUUCGGCUUUCUCGUGUGCAUGGGCGUCAUCCUGGCCAUUGGCAACUCCAUCUGGGAGUACGAGGUGGGCGCCUGCUUCCAGAUCUACCUGCCCUGGGACGAGGCAGUCGACAGUGCCUUUUUCUCUGGCUUCCUCUCCUUCUGGUCCUACAUCAUCAUCCUGAACACAGUCGUCCCCAUCUCCCUCUACGUCAGGUAUUUUGGGGCGCUCUCAUCUCUCCCCCCCCCCCAUUUUUGUCACCUUUAAUAAUUCCUAGCAAUUAUGGGAUAUGCCUUUCAAUAUUCUCAGUAGCUUAGUUCUCCAAUAAGGGGGUAGUAAUAUAUAAACGCGGGUGGUGCUGUGGGUUAAACCACAGAGCCUAGGACUUGCAGAUCAGAAGGUCGGCAGUUCGAAUCCCCGAAACGGGGUCAGCUCCUGUUGCUUAGUCCCUGCUCCUGUCAACCUAGCAGUUCGAAAGCACAUCAAAGUGCAAGUAGAUAAAUAGGUACCGCUCCAGUGGGAAGGUAAACGGCAUUUCCGUGCGCUGCUCUGGUUCGCCAGAAGCGGCUUAGUCAUGCUGGCCACAUGACCCAGAAGCUGUACACUGGCUCCCUCGGCCAGUAAAGCGAGAUGAGCGCCGCAACCCCAGAGUCGGUCACGACUGGACCUAAUGGUCAGGGGUCCCUUUACCUUUACCUUUAAUAUAUUAACGGGGUAAAGGCCUGACGUAUGGUUGCCUUGACUUGUUAAAAAGGGCCUGUGGUUAACCAUGGUUAAUCUUAGCCAUGGUUAAUGUUAACCAUGGUUAGGGAAAACAAGCCAGCUUCAUAUACUAGGGUUUGGAGGUAGCUUGCUUCUGCUGCGCGUAGUUUCAACUGACAGUAUUCUGCCCAGUUUUGGAUGUCAUGACAAACUGCAAGGCGUCUAAAACGAAAGUGAAAUCUCCCAUUCUCCUCCUUGCAGAAAGAAAGGGUCAGUGAGACUGAUCCUUCUGCAGCUUCUUUCAGGCACAGCCCCUACGUAAUACAGGUCAACAAUCCUUUCAUCAACCCCUGUAAGACAUGCCAGCAUUUAUUACACCCCUAUUACAGAUGGUGAAGGUUGAGGUCGAGUGACUUACCUACUCCUUCACCUCCAAUGAGUUCAUGGCUGAGAUUGCAACUGCAGCUUUUGCUUAUUAGCUGCUGUCCCUGAAUCCUUGAUCUCGUCCCAGAGUCUUUAGGCAGGCAGUGUUCAGACCCCUGAGCUCCCUCGAAACCAACCUAUAACUUCAGGAGGAGACGGGAUUGAGAGUUGGGAUCCUCCUGGUGGUGCAGCGAUGAAACUGCUUGCACCUUUGCAAAGCUAAGCAGAGUCCGGUGUGGUUUCAAGUUGGAUGGGGGACUGCGUGUUGAGAUUCCUGCAUUGCAGGGGGUUGGACUAGAUGACCCUCGGGUCCCCUUCCAGCUUUGAUUCUAAAAGAGGUGAGCAGGCAGAAUUUUAGGAAGCGGGCAUCUGAUGCUAUUAUCAGGAAUGAUCUGAUAAUCUCUCCCACCUUCUCCUGACGAUGCCUCUGUCAUCCACGUUUAGUAUGUCCUGAUGGCUGCACUGCUACAUUCCUAUUUUUUGGUUUCAUCUUAUUUUCUCCCUGCCUUUCUGCCUGCAACCCUGCUAUCUGUGUCUGUUCUUUUUUUGGUUGGUUUAAUUUCUCUUUUUCUUUUGAAUUCUUCAGCACGAAUUUCUCUUUCUCUCUCACACCCUUAGCCCCCAGGUAAGAGCAUGCGCCGCCACCCGAAAUCCUCUUCCAGCUUUGCUUGGGUCCUUGCAGCUUACGGUGAGGUAGGGGGUGAGUGGGAUGUCCCGUUCCAUAGCAUUCUGUGAGCUGCAUAAGGGAUGUAGCUUAGUGGUUACAGCAUGCAGAAGGUUCCAGGUUCAAAUCCUGGCAUCUCCCAGGUACAGAUGAGAGCAUCUCCUGCCUUAAAACCUGGAGAGACAGGUCAGUGCUGACAGUGCUGACCUGGAUAGAUAAAUAUAGAUAGAUAUAAGGUAGCUUAGUUCAGUUGCACAAGCAAUUAUUUUUAAGAGAAGGCCAUAGUUCAGUAAUAGAGCAACUGCUUUGCUUGCCAAAGGAUCCGGGUUCAAUCCCAGUGACAUCUCCAGCUUGCACAGCUGACACACAGGGAAGCAGCUUCCCUGCCCAUCAGCUGAGCUGGUCAAGAAGACCUCCGCUGCCCCUCUGGCUCGCACAAGCCUGGAGAGCAGUGGGGCUUGCUCAUGUGUUAAGCAGUGAGGCCUCCAGCUCGCGAGAAGACCAUUGGACUCUGUGGAGGGUCUGCUCACAAGCCGGGCAUGCGGGUGGCGCUGUGGUCCAAACCACUGAGCCUCUUGGGCUUGCCGAUCAGAAGGUCGGCGGUUCGAAUCCCUGCGACGGAGUAAGCUCCCAUUGCUCAGUCCCUGCUCCUGCCAACCUAGCAGUUUGAAAGCACGCCAGUGCAAGUAGAUAAAUAGGUACGGCUGCGGCAGGAAGGUAAACGACGUUUCUGUAUGCUCUGGUUUCCGUCACGGUGUUCUGUUGCACCAGAAGUGGUUUAGUCAUGCUGGCCACAUGACCUGUUAAGCUGUCUGUGGACAAACGCUGGCUCCCUCUGCCUGAAGCAAGAUGAGCGCCGCGAUCCCGCCUUUGACUGGACUUUACCAUCAGGGGGUCCUUUACCUUCCUUGCAAGCCAGUUGGGCUCUCCAGGGCGCUCCCCAUUUCCAGGUUCCUGGUACUACAAGUGUGAACAGUUGCAUGCAAAAAUGUCACUUGUAAAUGGGGAGUAGGGACGCGGGUGGCGCUGUGGUCCAAACCACUGAGCCUCUUGGGCUUGCCGAUCAGAAGGUCGGCGGUUCGAAUCCCUGCAAAGGGGUGAGCUCCCGUUGCUUGGUCCCUGCUCCUGCCAACCUAGCAGUUCGAAAGCACCUCAAAGUGCAAGUAGAUAAAUAGGUACCACUCCGGCGGGAAGGUAAACGGCGUUUCCGUGCGCUGCUCUGGUUUGCCAGAAGCGGCUUAGUCAUGCUGGCCACAUGACCCGGAAGCUGUCCGCCGGCUCCCUUGGCCAAUAAAGCGAGAUGAGCGCCGCAACCCCAGAGUCGGCCACGACUGGACCUAAUGGUCAGGGGUCCAUUUACCUUUUUUAAUGGGGAGUGGCCUGUACUAAGUUAGAUGGACCAAAUGACCUGACUCAAUAUGAGGCAACUUUCUGUAUUUCUAUAAGGUAUAGUCUGCUAUCUUUCCACCCCUUCCCCAAACCCUGGUAGGAGAUAGCGUUUCAGGCCUGGCCGAUUCCGAGAUCUUCCUCUCAUUUCUCGGGGCUUCUCUUUGUUUCUUCGUUCAUUCUUCAGACUUCUAUCUUGUGGGCUCAGAGCAGCUUUUACACCCGCAUGUCUGUAAAUCUGUGGUUUUGGGGAGCCUCCAGGCAGGCCAGGGGGCAUUUGCUGGAUCUCUCCAGGCCCUGGGCCCAAUCCAGAGGCAAGGAACCCUUUCCAACUCGAGGGCCUUUCUGGGCAUGUUUUUGAGGGCCAUGUUCCAGUGGUAGUCUGGGCCAGAGGCAGAAAGGGAGAGCGGGGGAAUGAAUUUUACCUUGGUGCAGUGGGCUGGUUUCUAUCCCUGAGCUAACCUCUUCCUCCUCCCGUGUCUGCGCAGCGUGGAGGUGAUUCGCCUUGGGCACAGCUACUUCAUCAACUGGGAUAAGAAGAUGUAUUGCGUGAAGAGGUGCACGCCGGCCGAGGCCCGGACCACGACCCUCAAUGAGGAGCUGGGGCAGGUGGAGUACAUCUUCUCUGACAAGACGGGCACCCUCACCCAGAACAUCAUGGUCUUCAGCAAGUGCUCGGUGAACGGGCGCAGCUACGGUAAGCCAGGUGGCCCAAAAUGCAGGCAAAGCCGGGUUCGAAACCAGUUUUGCUGUCAUUAUGACUAGGGUUUUUUUUAAAAAAAAUAUUAGUUGCUGAUAUUGGUUCUUCUUCUUCAAAUUAUUAGUUGCUGUUAUUGGUUCUUCUUCAAAUUAUUAGUUGCUGUUAUUGGUUCUUCUUCAAAUUACAGUGGUACCUUGGGUUACAUACGCUUCAGGUUACAGACUCCGCUAACUCAGAAAUAUUACCUCAGGUUAAGAACUUUGCUUCAGGAUGAGAACAGAAAUUGUGCUCCAGCGACGCGGCAGCAGCGGGAGGCCCCAUUAGCUAAAGUGGUGCUUCAGGUUAGGAACAGUUUCAGGUUAAAUACAGACCUCCGGAACGAAUUAAGUACUUAACCCGAGGUACCACUGUAUUAGUUGGUUCUUCUUCUUCUUCUCUUUCAAAUUAUUAGUUGCUGUUAUUGGUUCUUCUUCUUCUUCUCUUUCAAAUUAUUAGUUGCUGUUAUUGGUGGUUGUUCCUCUUCUUCUUCUUCUUCACUACAGUAGGACCUUGGUUUUUGAACUUAAUCCUUUCCGGGAGUCCGUUCGACUCCCGAAACCAUUCGAAAACCAAGCUGCGGCUAUGGAUUGGCUGCAGGAGCUUUCCUGCGCUCAAACGGAAUCCGCGUCGGACAUUCAGCUUCCAAAAAAUGUUCACAAACCAGAACACUUACUUCCGGGUUUGUGGCAUUUGGGAGCCAAUUUAUUCGGGAGGCAAGCUGUUUGAGUACCAAAGUACCACUGUACUGUUCAACUGACUGGCUGCACCAGGCGAGGGUAGCCAGUGGGUCUCAAACCCCAGUGAGUUAAGGACUUCCACUGCAUGUGAAGACAGAUUCCAGCGGAUUGAACGGACAAGACCAAUAAUGGGCCCGAUGGUCAAGAAAGCAGUUUCUGCACAUGCUGUAGAGGGAAGUGAGGGGCAGAUGGGGCUCGUCCUAAACGGCCUCAGUCCAGGACACCUGAAGGAGCGUCUCCACCCCCAUCAUUCAGCCCGGACACUGAGGUCCAGUGCCGAGGGCCUUCUGGCGGUUCCCUCCCUGCGAGAAGUGAGGUUACAGGGAACCAGGCAGAGGGCCUUCUCUGUAGUGGCGCCUGCCCUGUGGAACGCCCUCCCACCAGAUGUCAAGGCAAUAAACAACUACCGUAUUUUUCGCUCCAUAAGACGCACUUUUUCCCUCCUAAAAAGUAAGGGGAAAUGUGUGUGCGUCUUAUGGAGCGAAUGCAGGCUGCGCAGCUAUCGCUGAAGCCAGAACAGCGAUGGUGUUCUACUAUGGUAGCACCCUACUAUGGUGUGUCAAUACCUCCUUUCUCUUUCGCCCUCCUGGGUCGUAACCCUGGCUCUUUAUUUUUCUCUGUUUUGCAGGUGAUGUCCUGGAUGUUCUGGGUUACAAGGCUGAGCUUGGAGAGGUAGGAGCUGUGGGAGAAUCUCAGCGACGAGAUAGAUGGCAGAAAGGAGCGGGGAAAGGGGUUUUUAUUAAGGGGAGUGGGGGGUGGGGAGGGGAGGGGGAAGGAAAGUGGUGGCAGAAACACCCACCCACAGAGCUGCCACCUGUUAUCGGGAAUACAGUGGUGCCUCGCAAGACGAAAAGAAUCCGUUCCGCGAGUCUCUUCGUCUUGCGGUUUUUUCGUCUUGCGAAGCAAGCCCAUUAGCGGUUUAGCGGAUUAGCGCUAUUAGCGGCUUAGCGGGCUUAGCGGAUCAGCUGAUAAGCGGCUUAGUGGCUUAACGGAUCAGCUGUUAAGCGGCUUAGCGGAUCAGCUGAUAAGCGGCUUAGCGAUCAGCUGUUACGGCAGCGGAUCAGCUGAUAGCGGCAGCGGCUUGGGAAAAGGGGGAAGGAAAAACCCCGCAGGAACUCGCAAGACAUUUUCGUCUUGCGAAGCAAGCCCAUAGGAAAUUCGUUUUGCGAAGCACCUCCAAAACGGAAAACCCUUUCGUCUAGCGGGUUUUCCGUCUUGCAAGGCAUUCGUCUUGCGGGGCACCACUGUAAUAACAGUGAUAAUGGUCACCUAAUUAAUUUAUAUACUCCCAUUAGGAUGCAUGGCAUUCCACAGCGCGUAAAAGGACAAAGUCCCUGCCCCGAUGAGCUUACAAUCUAUUUAAAAAAAGUAAUCUUAAACUCCCCAAUGUCCCGUCUGGAGGAUGAAAAUCCAUCGUUCAAAAGGAGGAGCUUUUGUGUCCCGAGCGGAAUAUUUGUCCUGGAAGCACAAAUGUGGUCCCAUUGACUUAAAAACGUGGACCAAAUGAAACCUUCGCUGCAAAUCCCGCCCCCCCCCCCAAAGAAAAGUUUAUGUAGGGUGGCUUUUUAUAUGCCCUCCAUUAGCCCUCGUCAAAACAGGCAUUAUUAUUAUUUUAUUUAUUUUAUUUUUUAGAUAUUUAUACCCCGCCCUCCCCAGCCAAGACCGGGCUCAGGGUGGCUAACACCAAAUAUAAAACCAAUUGAUUGAAAUACAGCUUAAGAAACAAGAUUAAAAUACAACAUUAAACCAUUAAAAUGCAGCCUCAUUUCAGUGGAAACUCAAUCAAAAACUUUUUUGGGGAUAAAAAACGUCAAGUUUUUAUUAGGUUUAUUAGUUUUCAAUUACAACAAUCCGAUAAUAGCCUCAGAAAAUAGGCAAAUUGUUAUCUUGGGUGAUAUUGCUGGCCGCUGGAGGCUGCUCUAUUUGGGAAAUGGGGGCUGUGCCCCACCAGCUUCACUCGGCUCUCUGCCAGCUCCUCACCUGCCUACCUUUCUUCUUACAUCCAGUCCAGGAGGUGUUUCUGCCUCCCAGCAUCUUCCCCCUCCUUCCACUCAGUUUUGAUCAUGUCAGAACUCAGCAGGGAUCAGGAGCAGGAGAAUUGGGAUGAAACUGCAUUCGCUGGUUCCACCUGCCAUUGCCUCUGGCGCCCCCUACUGUUGAGCUCCCGACCUCCCACCCUACCAGUCCCCACGCUCACCCGGCCACCACUGUAACCCUUUCUUCUCCUCCUCUCUCCCGGCCUCCCCCAGAAGACGGAACCAGUGGACUUCUCUUUCAAUCCCCUGGCGGACCCCAAGUUCACCUUCUGGGACGCGGCGCUGCUGGAAGCGGUCAAGCUCGGUGACCCUCAUGUACACGAGUUCUUCCGCCUCCUUUCCCUCUGCCACACGGUCAUGUCCGAGGAGAAGAGCCCAGGUUGGGAUCGGGGUCUUUUAAAAAAUCAGGGGAAAGAGGAGGAGGUGUUGGUCCUGCUACAGGGAUGGAGAGUCUUCUGAAGUUUACAGCAUGUUAUUCCUUGAAGGAGAACUACCAUAUUUUCCGCUCCAUAAGACGCACUUUUUUCCUCCUAAAAAGUACAGUGGUACCUCGGGUUAAGUACCGUAUUUUUUGCUCUAUAAGACUCACUUUUUCCUUCCUAAAAAGUAAGGGGAAAUGUGUGUGUGUGUCUUAUGGAGCGAAUGCAGGCUGUGCAGCUAUCCCAGAAGCCAGAACAGCAAGAGGGAUUGCUGCUUUCACUGCGCAGCGAUCCCUCUUACUGUUCUGGCUUCUGAGAUUCAUAAUUUUUUUUUCUUGUUUUCCUCCUCCAAAAACGAGGUGCGUCUUGUGAUCUGGUGUGUCUUAUAGAGCGAAAAAUACGGUACUUAAUUAGUUCCGGAAUUCCGUUCUUAACCCGAAACUGUUCUUAACCUGAAGCACCACUUUAGCUAAUGGGGCCUCCUGCUGCCGCCGGAGCACGAUUUCUUUUCUCAUCCUGAAACAAAGUUCUUAACCUGAAGCACUAUUUCUGGGUUAGCGGAGUCUGUAACCUGAAACGUAUGUAACCUGAAGCGGAUGUAACCCAAGGUACCACUGUAAGGGGAAAUGGAGCCGAAUUGCCCAGGGUCGAAAAGCAGAUUGUUCCUUUUUUUUUUUAGAAAGAGGGAAGGGGGUGUUGAACCAAACUGCUGAGCAGCUGAUUGGCAAGCGAUCGGGAGGGAGAUAAGGCACGCUAGCGAGAAAGGAGGCUGCCUGGGGGAGGGGGAGUUAAAGACAGCGAACUUGCAAGGAGAGGAGACAGGAAAACUAAAACAAGCAAUGAGCAGAGAAGUUAGACGAAAAGGAGGAGCAAAAAACUGCUCCAGCUAAGGAAAAGACACUAAGGCAAACAAGAGGGAAGGGGGUGUUGAAAAGAAGCCGCUGAGCAGCUGAUUGGCAAGUGAUCAGGAGAGAGAUAAGGGGUGCGCCAAAACCACCCUUAACUAAAACAUGCAGUGAAGUGGUUUAAGAAGCAUAACAAUUAAAUUGGUUAAUCAUAGAAUUGUAGAGGUGGAAGGGACACGAGGGUCGUCUAGCCCAGCGUGGGGCUUUAACCCAACAACUGAGCUAUUCCAGCGAGUAAAAAGCAGGUAAAACAACAACCUGAACUUCAGGGGCGAAGGAGAUGUGACUUCAGGAGCCCGCAGAAUGCCAAUGCUGAUGGCGGUCUCGUACAGUAAUACCUUGGGUUACAGAUGAUUCAGGUUGCGCAUUUUCGGGUUACGGACGCGCCGAAACCCGGAAGGACCGGAAUGGGUUACUUCUGGGUUUUGGCAUAUGCACAGAAGCACUAAAUCGCGCUUUGCGCAUGCGCAGAAGCACCAAAUUGCAACCCGCGCAUGCGCACACGCGGCGCUGCGGGUUGCAAACGUGCCUCCCGCACAGAUCACAUUCGCAACCUGAGUGCCCACUGUAUUUCAGGAGGAAAUGCAGCCGUUUUGCAGCGCCAGUUUCAGAUUCCUCUCUCUCUUUCUUCUCUCUAUUUACCCCAACAGGGGAGCUGUUUUACAAAGCCCAGUCCCCAGAUGAGGGCGCCCUGGUGACCGCCUCCCGCAACUUUGGCUUCGUUUUCCGCGGACGCACCCCCAAGACCAUCGUGAUCCAGGAGCUGGGGCGGCCCGUCACCUACCAGCUUCUCGCCAUCUUGGACUUCAACAACGUCCGCAAGCGCAUGUCAGUCAUUGGUGAGAACGGGGGAGGCGCCGGUGGAGAUGGGGAUGGGAGGCCAGGGGAGUGGCUACCAAACCCUGAGCUAGUCCAGAGGUCAGCAAGGCUUACCGGACAUGGGCUGGAUCACUCCUGCGGAGAUCCUCCGUGGGCUGGGCCAGCGCAGUGCGACGCUGGAAAUUGCGCCUGCACAUGUCUCCGGUGCCGGAAAUUGCUUCUGCGCAGGCCCACAUGCCAGAAAUUGCGUCUGCGCAUGUCCGCGGCGCCAGAAAUUGCUUCUGCGCAGGCCCAGACGCCAGAAAUUGCGUCUGCGCAUGUCCAUGGCGCCAGAAAUUGCUUCUGCGCAGGCCCAGACGCCAGAAAUUGUGUCUGCGCAUGUCCAUGGUGCCAGAAAUUGCUUCUGCGCAGGCCCAGACGCCAGAAAUUGCGUCUGCGCAUGUCCAUGGCGCCAGAAAUUGCAUCUGAGCAUGUCUGCGGCGCCAGAAAUUGCUUCUGUGCAUGCCCAGAUGCCAGAAAUUGCAUUUGCGCAUGUCCAUAGAGCCAGAAAUUGCGUCUGCGCAGGCCCAGACGCCAGAAAUUGCGUCUGCGCAUGUCCAUGGCUCCAGAAAUUGCUUCUGCGCAGGCCCAGACGCCUGCGCAGAAGCGAUUUUCAGUGUCUGGGCAUGCGCAGAAGCGAUUUCUGGAGCCACGGAAGAGAGUCCCUGCACUGGUUUAGCGCAGUGCACAGUGACUCGCCAAUUGGAUGGCUCGGGCCGGUUAAGCGACCCUCACUGGCUGCUUCCGGCCCAUGGACCUUAGGUUGCCGACCUCUGGACUAGUGUCUCUCCAUCUUCUUUCAGCCUAUCCUACCUCACAAGGCUGGCGUGAGUAUAAAUCAUAGCAGGAGGCAUGGGUUAACUUUAUCGCCCGCCCUUCUCCAGCAAGUCCGGGUUACCACAAUUUGAAAUUCAGGAUUAAAAACAGUCUACAGCCACAGAGAGAGGGUAGACUCACUGGAUAGCUCAAUAGGUUAGAGCGUGGUGCUGAUAACGCCAAGGUUGCAGGUUUGAUCCCCGUAUGGGACAGCUGCAUAUUCCUGCAUUGCAGGGGUUGGACUAGAUGAUCCUUAGGGUCCCUUUCAGCUCUACAGUUCUAUGAUUCCGUGACUCAUUUCAGUUAUCUACCUUCGGCCAGUCAGUCUCAUUGCUCUUUCCCCCCGAUCCAGCUUGCACUACCUUACAGGGUGGUUGUGAGGAUAAAAUACAGCAGGAGGAAGAAACUGCAUAUAUUUCUUUUCUUUCUUUCCCAGAAAUUUAUUGAUUUGGUUUUUCAGAUUGAAAUUUAACAGUCACAUAUACAACAUAAAAACUAGAUUCCAAGGAAUCUCCUGGACUUCCAUCCUCCCCUUUGUGGGUCUUAUUAUUAAUCAUUUCCACCUGCAUCUUUUAUGAUACUCCAAAUCCUUUACCUCUUCUAGUAUGUCCAGAAUUCAACCUUAAGCUACAAGUGUUACUCCAAUCCUACUAACAAUUUUAACUGUUCACAACGUUAAGAUAAGUUGUAAAAUUUCCCCCAUUCCUUAUUAAAAUUUUGGUCUUCCUGAUUUCUGACUCUUCCAGUCGUUUUAGCCAUUUCAUCAUAGUCCAUUAACUUCUUCUCUGGUCGGGACUUUAUCUUCUUUCCAUCUCUAGGCCAGUAACAUCCGUGCAGCCGUAGUCGCAUACAUAAGUAGUCUUUUCUGCUCCUUUGGGAUUUUGGCACCUAGAAUUCCAAAAAGGAAAGUUUCAGGUUUUUUGUUGUUGUUUAGUUAUUUAGUCAUGUCCAACUCUUCGUGAUCCCCUGGACCAGAGCACGCCAAGCACUCCUGUCUUACACUGCCUCCCACAGUUUGGUCAAACUCAUACUGGUAGCUUCGAGAACACUAUCCAACCAUCUCGUCCUCUGUCGUCCCCAUCUCCUUGUGCCCUCCAUCUUUCCCAACAUCAGGGUCUUUUCCAGGGAGUCUUCUCUUCUCAUGAGGUGGCCAAAGUACUGGAGCCUCAGCUUCAGGAUCUGUCCUUCCAGUGAGAACUCAGGGCUGAUUUCCUUCAGAAUGGAUGCGUUUGAUCUUCUUGCAGUCCAUGGGACUCUCAAGAGUCUCCUCCAGCACCAUAAUGCAAAAGCAUCAAUUCUUCGGCGAUCAGCCUUCUUUAUGGUCCAGCUCUCACUUCCAUACAUCACUACUGGGAAAACCAUAGCUUGAACUAUCCGGACCUUUGUGGGCAAGGUGAUGUCUCUUGCUUUUUAAGAUGCUGCCUAGGUUUGUCAUUGCUUUUCUCCCAAGAAGCAGGUGUCUUUAAACAUUUUUUUUCAACUUGAAACUACAUAUAUUCCACCUCUAGCUCAUUGGAGGAAAAACGAGCUAAAACAGCAAUAAAUAAAUUUCAACCUGCUUGUGCUUAAAAUCUGUGGGGUUUUUGUCUCCUCUCCCUUUGCCUCCCCUCCCUGCUCCCCAUAAGUACGGAACCACGAGGGGCAGAUCCGGCUGUACUGCAAAGGAGCAGACACCAUUUUGCUGGAGAGGCUUCACCCGGGACACCAGGAGCUGUAUAACGUCACCACUGACCAUCUGAAUGUAAGUAGUUUUGGGGGGAGCAAGAGAGGGGGUGAGUGAAAAGCAAGACUGCCGUUCUGUGGGGCUAGUGAUGGUUGCCACUUUGGGCGACUUGAAUAGAGGCGUUUUAGAUGCCAACCCUUUUUCUUUUCUUUUUCUUUUUGGCCUGGGCAUUUGGGCCUUAAUUUGAAGGGGGAUUGGGAAUGUGUGUGUGUCCUCUGUUUUCUUGCUCCUGCUUUUAACGGGGUGGGGUGCGAGCUGUCCUCUUGACGUAUUCUCUGCGGAUCGGCAUUUUUAGGUUCUUGUUCAAAGGCUGUUCUUACGUUUGGUUUCGUGUUGCUAUUCUUGCAUUCUAAACCCCUUUCGGAUGCUUUCGUUUAAAAAAAAAAGCGACAAUUUAAUAGAAUCGUACAGUGGUACCUCUGGUUGUGAAUGGGGAUCCAUUCCAGAGCCCCGAUUACAACAUGAACAGAUUGCAACCCGCGUCUGCAUGUGCGCAGGUCGCAAUUCGCCAUUUCUGCGCAUGCGCAUGAUGUCAUUUUGAGCGCUUGCGUGAGUGGCGAAACCUGGAAGUAACCCUUUCCAGUACUUCCGGGUCGCCGCAGGACGCAACCUGAAGAGAUUUAACCUGAAGUAAGCGUAACAAGAGGUAUGACUGUACUGAGUUGGGGGCAAACCACGGUGAUCUGCAAAAAGUGCUUCCGGCUUCUCUACCUCCUCCUCUCUCUUUUUUAAUAUAAUUUUUAUUGAUUUUAACAUGUAAGUUAUAAAAUGUACCACAAAACUUAUCACUUAUACAAUCUUUUUGGACUUCCAUCAGCCCCUCUGAUGAUCCACCGUUUUAACCACUUGUUAUGCAUUUCUUAACUUGAUAUUGCCUUUACAUCUCUUAACAAAUCAUCCUUCCCCUUCUCCAUUUUUGCAAUACUUCCAAUAAUACGCCUCACAAAACUUAUUGCAAACCUACAAACGUCGUCUGAUCUUCACAAAUACUUUUCAAAUAGUCCGUAAAUUUACUCCAGUCUUCCGUGAAUUUCUGGUCUCGCCGGUUUCGAAUCCUUCCUGUUAGUUUAUCUAGUUCGGCAUAGUUCAUUAACUUCAUCCUCCAUUCUUCAAUCGUCGGUAAUUCUUCUUGCUUCCAUUUUUGGGCCAAUAAUAUUCUUACUGCUGUUAUUGCAUAUAAAAAAAAUCUUACAUUCAUUUCUAUUUAUAUCACUCCCAACAAUGCCUAGUAAAAAGGCUUCUGGUUUCUUUUUCCACCUCCUCCUUCUCUUCCCCUCUCCACCCCCAGGAAUAUGCCGGCGAGGGUCUGCGGACGUUGGUGCUGGCCUAUCGCGACCUCGAAGAGAGCUACUACGCGGGUUGGGCUGAGCGCCUGAAGCGAGCCAGUUCCGCCGGCGAGGGUCGCGAGGAGAGAUUGGCCCGGCUUUACGAGGAAGUGGAGAACGACAUGAUGGUUGGUGUUUUUCACCUCUGUGUUGCUCGUUCUUGUUCUUUAUUUUUCAUAUAAUUUUUUUAUUAGUUUUCCGACAUAGAUGGGGGACACCUGGCUUGAGAGCAGUACAUGUGAAAAGGAUCUAGGAGUCUUGGUUGACCACAAACUUGACAUGAGCCAACAGUGUGACGCGGCAGCUAAAAAAGCCAAUGCAAUUCUGGGCUUCAUCAAUAGGAGUAUAGCAUCUAGAUCAAGGGAAGUAAUAGUGCCACUGUAUUCUGCUCUGGUCAGACCUCACCUGGAGUACUGUGUCCAGUUCUGGGCACCACAGUUCAAGGAGGACACUGACAAACUGGAACGUGUCCAGAGGAGGGCAACCAAAAUGCUCAAAGGCCUGGAAACGAUGCCUUAUGAGGAACGGCUAAGAGAGCUGGGCAUGUUUAGCCUGGAGAAGAGGAGGUUAAGGGGUGAUAUGAUAGCCAUGUUCAAAUAUAUAAAAGGAUGUCACAUAGAGGAGGGAGAAAGGUUGUUUUCUGCUGCUCCAGAGAAGCGGACACGGAGCAAUGGAUCCAAACUACAAGAAAGAAGAUUCCACCUAAACAUUAGGAAGAACUUCCUGACAGUAAGAGCUGUUCGACAGUGGAAUUUGCUGCCAAGGAGUGUGGUGGAGUCUCCUUCUUUGGAGGUCUUUAAGCAGAGGCUUGACAACCAUAUGUCAGGAGUGCUCUGAUGGUGUUUCCUGCUUGGCAGGGGGUUGGACUCGAUGGCCCUUGUGGUCUCUUCCAACUCUAUGAUUCUAUGAUUCUAUGAUUCUAUAUCAUUUUUAACAGUAAUUAAACAUACUUUCAUCUCUUACACCAUUUUUUUGACUUCCAUCCAUCCCAUCUGAAAAUUUUCCAGUCUAUUCACUAAAUAUACAUUUCUUACUUCCACAAUUACAUUUAACUCAUAACUAAUAUUUCUGUUCUUUCUCUACUUUGCAACACUUCAUACAUUUCUCCUUACAAAACUUCUUGUAGUCCUACUAGUGUAAUUUGUUUACGUUGCUCGUUCUUGUUCUUAUUGCUUGAGCGGUGUGUGAUUUAUUUAUUUUUAAAUUAUUAUUUUUAUAUUUAUUUAUUUACAAUUUUAAAAUAUAAAAUCUAGUUGUUCAUGUGUUACAUAAAUUGCAACUGUAGGUGUAUUGUGUUGGGCCAGGGCGUGUUAAAAUCUAAAAGCCGUUUGUUGGGGGGAAAUAAUGAAUUUUUAUUUUAAACAAUUCAAAAAGAUACAAAAAAGACAAAAGGAAAAAACCUAAAGAAAAUAUAAAUAAAAUUACAUACAUAGUCCCACCACCCACCCUUGACUCGCCUCCACCACUACCCGAUAUCUCUUCUUGAUUACAGUGGUGCCUCGCAAGAUGAAAUUAAUCCGUUCCGCGAGUCUCUUCGUCUUGCGGUUUUUUCGUCUUGCGAAGCACGGCUAUUAGCGGCUUAGCGGCUAUUAGCGGCUUUAAGAAAAAGGAAACAAACUCGCAAGAACUCGAAAGACGUUUCGUCUUGCGAAGCAAGCCCAUAGGGAAAUUCGUCUUGCGGAACGACUGAAAAAACGGAAAACUCUUUCGUCUAGCGAGUUUUUCGUCUUGCGAGGCUUUCGUCUUGCGGGGCACCACUGUAUAUUAAAUUUUAACAUUGCAUUCCUUGUCUUAACUUUCUUUCGUAUCUCAAUUCAAACAUCACUCUUUCGCCCCCCAAUUUUUAAAUUAAUUUUCACAAAAUUAUAAACGAAUAAAGCACACAAACAAACAUAAUUCAUAACCUUAUUACAAUUACAAUUAUUAACAUUGUUAAGUGACUUCCUCGCUUCCCCUUGGUUGAAUUUCCAUGCAUAUCCUUAUAACGGCUUUCCAAGUCCUAAUUCUUAUAAACCUAACUUAGUUCAUUAACAUCCUUAUAUCUUUUCAAUUCAAAAUUGUACAUGUUAAACAUCACUUAACUUAUAUAAAUUCGUAAGCCAAUCUGUCACCUGCAAGUUAUUUUCAAUUGCCGUAUUUUUCACUCUAUAGGACGCACCUUUUCCCCUCCAAAAAUGAAGGGGAAAUUCGUGUGCAUCCUAUGGAGCGAAUGCAGGCUUUCGCUGAAGCCUGGAGAGCGAGAGGGGUCGGUGCGCACCGACCCCUCUCGCUCUCCAGGCUUUAGGCAGCUAUCCGCAAGCCUUCGGAGCCCAGCGGGAGUUCCCGCCACACUCCGAAGGCUUGCAGAUAGCCUGUUCUGGGGGCUGGGGUUCCCCCGUCCCCAGCCCCGCAAGCUCCGGGAGCGGCUGGAAUGGAUUAUGGUUGUAAACCAAGGUACCACUGUAUAGUCACUCAUUUUACAUAUCCACUCCUCUUUGGAGGGAAUUUUUUCGCUAAAAUGUAAAAGCCGUUUUAUAAACAAACAUGUUUUAGAGAAGCAUUAUCCCUAUUGCAUCUCCAACAGUUAGAUACCUUAGAUAACCCUUUUUUAAACAAACAAACAAAAUUUAGUUUUUUAAAAUUCGUGUUGGUUUUUCCAUUGUAUGCUGAAAUAACCCUUUGGGAGGGUUAACCCUGAAAACCCACCUACAAAUAAUUCAGAUCAGGGGGUAGCCUGACAGGAACAGCCCUCUGGACUCCCAUCAGCCUCUGACAGCUUUGCCUAGUGGGCGGGGAUGAUGGGAGCCGGGAGUCCAGCAAUAUAUCUGGAAGGAACCGCAUCGACUGCUUUAAAUAAAUCAGUGCCCUUUUUUUACCGGGAGCUUCCAAAGGAGCCCCUCGUUUUAACCUCCUGAUCUUUCCUUCGCCGCUGCGUGUGUUCCUGCCGUUUGCCAGAGGUCGCAAAUGCCAACAGGUGGCUGCGGUUUGUGAGGAGCUGCCUCAUGGGCCAAAUUUGAACCCAGGAGUCAGAGGUCUCCCAUUUUGUGGCAUCAGGUAACUUUGCCUUUUGUUUCUGUCUCCCUCCAGCUGCUGGGGGCCACCGCCAUCGAAGAUAAACUGCAGCAGGGCGUCCCGGAGACCAUUGCCCUCCUCACACUGGCGAACAUCAAGAUCUGGGUGUUGACGGGAGACAAGCAAGGUGAGGCGGCCGUUCCAAAUGCCAGCGGAACGUGUCCCAUUUUGCAUCCCGACCAGGAAUGUCCUCCCAACUCUUUAUUACGACACAGCUUGCUGGGUUCAAGGGGCCUCCUAAAUCCACUUUCACACUGUACAUUCAAAGCGCUGUGAUACUACCAUAAACCGUCAUGGCUUCCCCCCCAAAGGAUUCUGGGAGCUGCCAUUUUGUGAAGGGUGCUGACGGUUGUUAGGAGACCCCCCCUGCCUAUUUCCCUCACAGAGCUGCAGUUCCAGAGUGGUUUAACCACCGGUCCCCCUUUCCAGGGAACUGUGGCUCUGCCGUUUGAGAUAGGUUCUCAGGGCCCCAUUUUGAAAAUUUUAACUCCUGGAGGGUUUGGGUUUUGAUUUGGGCCUGUCCUCUCUCUCCUUCCUCAGAGACGGCCGUGAACAUCGGCUACUCCUGCAAGAUGCUGACGGACGAGAUGACGGAGGUCUUCAUCAUCACGGGGCACACGGUUUUGGAGGUGCGGCAGGAGUUGCGGUGAGUGGAGGCCCGCGGGUGUGGCCCACUUGGUGGUGGCCCCUCCAUUAGGGGCUUUCUCUGCUUUUCCAUUUCUCUGGCACCAAACAUUGAAUGCAAGCAGAAAGUGCUGCUCUGUUGGCUAGUCAAGGUGCGUUUCCUGCUACUGGUGUUGUUCCAACAGUGGUGAUCUCUUGGGGCCAGAUUCGUGAAAUGGACAGGUCUAAAGACAGCAGUGGGUGGAGCAAAACCCAAAAAUGGUCAGGGGCAACACUUCUCUCUCUCUCUCUCUCUCUCUCUCUCUCUCUCUCUCUCUCUCACCUUUUCUUUCUUUCUUUCUUUCUUUCUUUCUUUCUUUCUCUCUCUCUCUCUCUCUCUCUCUCUCUCUCUCUCUUUCUCUUUCUCUUUUAGAUGACUUUGUUGGAAGCUGCCCAGAGUGGCUGGGGAAACCCAGCCAGAUGGGCGGGGUAUAAAUAAUAAAUUCUAUUCUAUUCUAUUCUAUUCUAUUCUAUUCUAUUCUAUUUUCUCUCUCUUUCUCUCUCUCUCUCUCAUUUCCACACUUUUCUCUGCUACUCCUUCUCUCUCCUUUCCUUCCUUCCUUCCUUCCUUCCUUCCUUUCUUUCUUCUCUCUCUCUCUGUCUCAUCUCUGUGCUACCCGUUGCCCCUUUCCAAGCCACACAAACAGAAAGGUAACAUUCAAAAAAUUAAUCCCAAUGAACAACAACAACAAAACCCCACAGGAAUGGUUUGCUGCAUCUCCUUCUGACCUGCCAAAUCUGUCCCUAGAAGGUUUGGAAAGAAGGCAGGUGAGUCCUUGGCUGCUUCUCAAAUCCUUUCCCCCUCCCGCUUUCCUCCCCACCUUCUCCGGCAGGAAGGCUCGAGAGAAAUUGGUGGACUCUUCCCGGUCUGUGGGCAAUGGGUUCACCUACCAGGAGAAGCUCUCUGCCUCGAAGCUGACGUCCGUGCUGGAGGCUGUGGCUGGGGAGUACGCCUUGGUGAUCAAUGGGCACAGCCUGGUAAGUGGGCGCCUUGGGGGAGGUACCUAGGCCGCAUUCACACCAUACAUUUAAAGCACUUUAGGUAAAGGGACCCCUGACCGUUAGGUCCAGUCGUGACUGACUCUGGGGUUGUGGCACUCAUCUCGCUUUAUUGGCCGAGGGAGCCGGCGUACAGCUUCCGGCUCAUGUGGCCAGCAUGACUAAGCCACUUCUGGCGAACCAGAGCAGCGCACGGAAACGCCGUUUACCUUCCCACCGGAGUGGUACCUAUUUAUCUACUUGCACUUUGACAUGCUAGGUUGGCAGGAGCAGGGACCGAGCAACGGGAGCUCACCCCAUUGUGGGGAUUCGAACCGCCGACCUUCUGAUCGGCAAGUCCUAGGCUCUGUGGUUUAACCCACAGCGCCACCAGUGACCCAAAGCACUUUAAUACCUCUUUAAACAUAGAAUCCUUGGAGCUGUAGUUUAAGGGCCCAGAAAGUCCUUGGGAGACAAUAUUGCCCCUCGCAGCUACAGUUACACAUUCUACGUAUGGUCUUUUUGUGGGAGGCAGAUUGCUGGUUUGUUUUUGUUUUAUUAUUCAUUUUGUGUUCUCAUUUUGUGUGUGUGUGUGUGUAUUUGUUAUUAAAUUUUCUGCUUUAAAAUUUAGAAUAUUCAUUUAACCAACCGUAAAAUAUCAGUGACUUCCCUUCUUCUCCUUCCAUGGUUCAUUUUGCAUAACAUAAAUCCCUGCAUAUUUUAAAUAAAUCGAGCCAUUCAGUAUUCCAUUAUUACAUCCGUCAAAAGUUAUUUACACUGUUGAAUAUAUCUUAAUGCUUAGUUUUGUGUUUUCAUGUUGUGAACCACCCUGUGAUCUUUGGAUGAAGGGCUGUACAUAAUAAUAAUAAUAAUUAUUAUUAUUAUUAUUAUUAUUAUUAUUAUUAUUAUUAUUAUUUCCUGGAGUGGCUAUUUGCUUCUUUGUCUGGAUGAUAAAUAUGUGGGAUUGAGGCCUGCUGGAUAACAUCCUGCUCUCCCAGGUGCCCUUGGGAAGCCUGCAUGCUAGAUUUGACCGCAGCAGCAGCAGCUGCGAUCCCCAGGACCUGGUUUUCAGAGGCAUAAUGUCUCUGGCAGUGGAGGUAGAACAUAGCCAUUGUGCCUUCUCCUCCGUGUAUUUGCCCAAUCCUCUUUUAAAGUCAUCCAAGUUGGCGUCCAUCACUGCCCCUGUGGCGGUGAGUUCCACAGUUUAACUCUAAAAUCCUUUAAGCUGCCCUGGACCUUCCAGCACUUGGCUCGGCUGCUUGUAAGUUAUAAGAAGAAGAAGAGGAGUUUGGAUUUGAUAUCCCGCCUUUCACUCCCUUUAAGGAGUCUCAAAGCGGCUAAAAUCCUCCUUUCCCUUCCUCCCCCACAACAAACACUCUGUGAGGUGAGUGGGGCUGAGAGACUUCAGAGAAGUGUGACUGACCCAAGGUCACCCAGCAGCUACAUGUGGAGGAGCGGGGAAUCGAACCCGGUUCCCCAGAUUACGAGACUACCGCUCUUAACCACUACACCACACUGGAGUAACAAGAGAGGGAAGGGGAAAAAAACUAUUCUCUAUCCUCCAUGUAAUAUUUUCAUUUUAUAAGCUUCCAUCCUGUCACCUCUUAAACACAUACGACUUGCUCCCACCCCAAAGGAAUCAUGGGAACUGUAGUUCCCCUCCCCCCCCCGGAGCUACCAUUCCCAUCACCUUUUUAUCUGCAGGGAAUCUGCCCAGGGUCUAAUCCAGUUAUUCAGCUGGUCGCACUGAGCAUCCUUCACUCUCCUCUCUCUCCCCGUAGGCACACGCCCUGGAGGCCGACAUGGAGCUGGAGUUCCUGGAGACGGCCUGCGCCUGCAAAGCCGUCAUCUGCUGCCGUGUCACCCCCUUGCAGAAGGCCCAGGUGGUGGAGCUGGUGAAAAAGUACAAGAAGGCCGUCACACUGGCCAUCGGCGACGGGGCCAACGACGUCAGCAUGAUCAAGAGUGAGUCCCGGGGCGGCGCUUGCGUGAGCUUUCGUCUUUUUAGUUCCGCGGAUGCGUAUUUUUUAAAAAAAUGCCACAGCACAAAAGGAAAACGCGUUGGGAGGGAGGAGGAAAUAAGCAGACUUCCGUGACGAAGGCCUUUGCAGGGUGGGAAAGUUCCAAAGAGAGGCAGAGCCAAUUGGCUGCCCUGAUGGAUUGAGACACCUGCUUCCCUCCUCUGGCCCUGCCUAUAAUUAAAAUGUGGCCUCUUGGAAGGAAAUGUGGUCCUCUAUAUGGGAAAAAGAGGGACGCGGGUGGCGCUGUGGGUUAAACCACUGAGCCUAGGACUUGCCGAUCCGAAGGUCGGCGGUUCGAAUCCCCGCGACGGGGUGAGCUCCUGUUGCUCGGUCCCUGCUCCUGCCAACCUAGCAGUUCAUAAGCACAUCAAUGUGCAAGUAGAUAAAUAGGUACCACUCCGGCGGGAAGGUAAACGGCGUUUCCAUGCGCUGCUCUGGUUCGCCAGAAGCGGCUUAGUCAUGCUGGCCACAUGACCCAGAAGCUGUACGCCAGCUCCCUUGGCUACUAAAGCGAGAUGAGCGCCGCAACCCCAGAGCCGGUCGCGACUGGACCUAAUGGUCAGGGGUCCCUUUACCUAUAUGGGGAAAAGGCUCCUCUCUCCUGUUUUAGAAAGAGAGAGAACCACGUGUGCUUUGUCCUUCCUAAGAUGGAAGGUGGGGGAUCUGAGCUUGGGAUGCCUUAGUAGCCUGACUUCCCCUUACCCCUCUUUCCGUUUCCUGCGUUCCCGCCAGCCGCCCAUAUCGGUGUUGGAAUCAGCGGCCAGGAGGGCAUCCAGGCAGUGCUGGCCUCAGACUACUCCUUCUCGCAGUUCAAGUUCCUGCAGCGCCUCCUGCUGGUCCACGGGCGCUGGUCCUACCUGCGCAUGUGCAAAUUCCUUUGCUAUUUCUUCUACAAGAACUUUGCCUUCACCAUGGUGCACUUCUGGUUCGGCUUCUUCUGCGGCUUCUCUGCCCAGGUGACUCGGCUGGCGAAUCGGAGGGGUGGGUGGGGCGGGGGUCCGCAAUGGCGGCUUCCUCCAGGCUCAUGCUUCGUCCUGCUUCCUGGAUGAGCCGCACGUUGAGUGAGCGUAGCCUAUCAGGGUCACGGAAAGCAGGGAAAGCUAUCCGGCCCAGUUAAUUUGGCUACCUGAUUGCCAUAGCCCAGGGGUGGCCAACUCUCAAGAGACUGCAAUCUACUUUCAGAUUUAAAAGCUGGCAGUGAUCUGGGGAGCGUCUCCACCCCCAUCGUUCUGCCCGGAGACUGAGGUCCAGCUCCGAGGGCCUUCUGGCGGUUCCCUCACUGCGAGAAGCCAAGUUACAGGGAACCAGGCAGAGGGCCUUCUCGGUAGUGGCACCCGCCCUGUGAAACGCCCUCCCAUCAGAUGCCAAAGAGAACAACAACUACCAGACUUUUAGAAGACAUCUGAAGGCAGCCCUCUUUAGGGAAGCUUUUAAUGUUUAAUAGACCACUGUAUUAUUAUUAUUAUCUACCCACAUCUUUUGGGAGUUCAGCUCAAAGUUGUUGAGCUUUUUGGGUGAAAACAGCAGCACAGAGAACACUCCGCCUUCCAGAGAUCAAACAACAAUGGAGGGCGGGGCAAGGGGGUGGCACAGAAGUCAGUUUUAGCGAUGCUAAUGAAAGGGAGCCAGAGAUCAACCGUGAUCUACCAAAACCUCGCGGGGAUCGACCAGUAGAUCACAAUCGAUCUGUUGGACAUCCCUGCCAUAGAAAUGAAUUAAGCUAUGGUUGUUGUGGGGAUUAAACGAGGAGCGGGGGAAAACCACUCAUCCUACCCUGAGCUCCUUGGAGGAAAAAGGUGGGGUGUAGAUUUAGUAAGUCGCUAAAUGCAUUGCUGAAGGCAGCAAUUUCACCCCGGGAGAAAGGAGAGUUGUCGUGGAUUAGCCACACCGGUGAUCCCAGCCUAUCAAGGAUCACGCAGUGAAGGGGAUCAUGCCACCCUGCUAAGUAGCCAGUCUUCUUUGGUGAUGACCUUCACCGUAAGGUCACAGGGAAUUUUACAACAACUGAAACACAAACAGUUUAAAACAACUUGCAAUCAGGAUUAAUAAUAAUAAUAAUAAUAAUAAUAAUAAAGCAGUGCAUCUUCAGAAUUCUCCAAAAGCUGGGUAAUAAAGUUGUCCGAUGCACCUCUGUGGAGAAGAAGGCCCACAGCUUAGGGGCUACCACAGAGAAGGCCCUGUCCUGCCACCCCACAACCAUCUAAGGCAGGGGUCAGCAAACUUUUUCAGCAGGGGCCCUCAGAGCAUGUGGUGGGCCAGACUAUAUUUUUGGGGGGAAACAACAAAUUCCUGUGCCCCACAAAUAACCCAGAGAGGCAUUUUAAAUAAAAGGGCACAUUCUACUCAUGUAAAAACACGCUGAUUCCUGGACUGUCCACGGGCCGGAUUCAGAAGGCGAUUGGGCCGGAUCUGGCCCCCGGGCCUUAGUUUGCCUACUCAUGAUCUAAGGGCAAUGAAAUAACUAGGAGGGCCUGGUUUUCAGCUAUUUGGGUCCCGAGUUGAUUAGGGACUUGAUGUGGUUGAGAGCUGAUGAAGUUGGAGGUUUGAAAAUCCUACUCCCCGUCCCCCCAAAAAAGCUACUGUAAAAUGUUAUGGAAAUGCAGCAAACUUCAAAUUCCAGCUGAGUGACUGGGUUUUGUUUUACACCAGUGGGCCUGCAGGGGGCAGCAAAGACUCCUUUUGUUCUCCUCUCCCUGGUCUCUCAAUUUCUCCCUCUUAUCUUUUCAAAGACUGUCUACGAUCAAUAUUUCAUCACGCUGUACAACAUUGUCUACACCUCGCUGCCAGUGCUUGCCAUGGGUGUCUUUGACCAGGUCAGUCCUGUUAAUUCCUCAGUGUGAUAUAGCGGUUAGAGGGCAGCAGAUUGGCAAAGGCUGCUGUGAGCCAGAUGGACCAGUGGCAGGGGCGGCGAACCCAUGGCUGUCUCAGAUGUGGGCCCCACAUGUUUUUCCCACCCGUCAUGUCCCAACCAAUCAGGGAUCCUAGAAUUGUAGAGUUGGGAGGGACCACGAGGAUCAUCUUCUUGUCCAACAUAAUCUUUUGCGCAAUAUGGGGCUCAAACCCACAACCAUGACAUUAAAAAUUUCAUGCUCUUCCUACUGAACUAUCAAAUGUAAUUACAGGGGGGUAAGGUGGUGGUGGGGAACCCCAUGGGCAUUUAGAUGUUGUCGGACUCCCAACUCCCGCCGGCCCCAAUGGUCAGGGACGCUGCAAGUCCAGCAAGGGCCACAGGGUUAGAUCGGUGGGUUAGAUCCUUAGCUUGGGUCAGUGGUUCCCAGACUGUUCAAGCGACUGCCCCCUGGUUCCAUAGACCAAUUCCCCAGUGCUCCCUACCCUAUAAAAAGCAUUACAGUGGUACCUCGGGUUACAGACGCUUCAGGUUACAGACUCCGCUAACCCAAAAAUAAUACCUCGGGUUAAGAACUUUGCUUCAGGAUGAGAACAGAAAUCGUGCAGCGGCGCAGCGGCAGCAGGAGGCCCCAUUAGCUAAAGUGGUGCUUCAGGUUAAGAACAGUUUCAGGUUAAGAACGGACCUCCGGAACGAAUUAAGUUCUUAACUCGAGGUACCACUGUACUGAGAACUGCAGUUUGCAUGACUUACCAGGGAAGAUAAAAGUUGCAUUAUGGCACUUUUAUUAAAAAUCUAGUUAGAAGUAUUUAGUUUAAUUCAACACAAUGAAUGGGCUUGAUCCAGCGAUAGAAGCUUUUCAAAGUCCUUUACACCUCCAACGUCCCCAUGCAGCCCCCUUGCCUCCUAACACCCUUCCCCAGGUAAUCCCACUAUCCCCUGGGGGGCAGUGUGGUGUAGUGGUUAAGAGCAGUGGACUCAUAAUCUGGGGAACCGGGUUUGCGUCUCCGCUCCUCCACAUGCAGCUGCUGGGUGACCUUGGGCCAGUCACACUUCUCUGAAGUCUCUCAGCCCCACUCACCUCACAGAGUGUUUGUUGUGGGGGAGGAAGGGAAAGGAGAAUGUUAGCCGCUUUGAGACUCCUUCGGGUAGUGAUAAAGCGGGAUAUCAAAUCCAAACUCUUCUUCUUCUACUACUUUGGGAACCCCUGGGUUAGAUAUUGACCGAGCAGUGCCUCCUUUGCCAGAAUGGCCAACUUCUUCUGGUUUGUGUCUCUCUGUGCGUGUGUGUCUAUCCCCUCUGGCGAGUCUGCGUUGAGUGUGCCACACCCAAUUUUUGUCCCUGUCUGUCCCUGGCCUGCGUGCCCCACUUGGGGAGGUCCUGCCCUCAGGCCUAACGGCUUAGCCCUGUCCCACUCCCUUUUCCUAGGAUGUGCCUGAGCAUCGCAGUUUGGAGUACCCCAAGCUGUAUGAACCGGGGCAACUCAACCUGCUCUUCAACAAGCGGGAGUUCUUCAUCUGCAUCGCUCAAGGGAUCUACACCUCCGUCUUCAUGUUCUUCAUCCCCUACGGGGUCUUCAGCGACAACUCCCACCUGACCGACUACCAGUCCUUUGCCGUCACCGUGGCGACCUCCCUCGUCAUCGUCGUCAGCGUGCAGGUAGGACAACAAACCCACCCACCCCAACAACAACAUAUAUAUCUAGAUAUCUAGAUAUCUGUAUAUAUAGAUAUAUUUAUAGAUAUAUCUCCCACAAGUCCUGGCUUUCUAGUCCUUAUCUGCUGCGAAUAAAACAGCUGUUCUACCCAAGGUGUAUUUGCAUUUGCAUGAGCCCAGGGGGCCAAGGGUGGUGCAUUCUGGGAUAUUUUUGCUAGGGGGCUAAUGGCAGCGCAUUCUGGGAGAUUUUUGCUCAGUGGCCAAGGGCAGUGCAUUCUUUUUUUUUCCCUUCAAUUUUUUUUAUUAAUUUUCCAAAAUUUGUAAACACACAAACAAACAUAAAUCCUAGCUGUAUUUAAUCCACUCUUAGUAACAUUGUUAAGUGACUUCCUCAAAUCCCCCUGGCUGAAUAUAUACAAUGGUGCCUCGCAAGACGAAAUUAAUUCUUUCCGCGAGUUUUGUUGUCUUGCGAUUUUUUUCGUCUUGCGAAGCACGGUGUCGGGAAAGUUUUGGAAAAGCUUCAAAAAUCACCAAAGUCUUUAAAAACCUCAAAAAGGCUACCACACCGCGUUCUAUGAGUUGCUCCUCGAAGUCAAGUCGCAACUGUAUUAACGGUGUUAAGAAAAAGGAAACAAACUUGCAAGACGUUUCCGUCUUGCGAAGCAAGCCCAUAGGGAAAAUCGUCUUGCGAAGCAACUCAAAAAACCAAAAACCCUUUCGUCUAGCGAGUUUUUUUGUCUUGCGAGGCAUUCGUCUUGCGAGGUACCACUGUAUAUAUUUAUACAUGUGUAUAUAUAUAUCUAUAUCAUUGUAACAGUUUUCCAAAACAAAUUUCUCAUAAAAUUUACUUAACCACCAUCUUUCUUUCUUUUCAUCUUUACUUCAAACAUAUUAUUCUAUAACUUCACAUAUUUAAAUCCUAAGUCUAUCUGUUAUUUGCAAGUAUUUCUAUUUAAAUUAUCUUAGCAUAUUUAACUAAAUAGUCUUUGAAUUUCGUCCAUUCCGCAAGGGCAGUGCAUUCUGGGAGAUUUCUACUAGCCCUUGGCAUUGGUGAAAGGGGAUCAUUGCAACGCAUCCCCAGUUAUGAUUAUUGCAUUAUUAUGAGUUUACUGUAUAAUCUUGCAAGGAGGCAUGGCUGCGAGGGGGUGUCACUGUGAAAAUCAGGAAGGGACCCUGCGCUUCUGAAUUUGCCGCUGGUGGUGAAGGGAUAGCACUCCACAUAUGCUCAGUGGAACCUUUUCUCCGCUGUGAGGUGGCAGGAAGCGCCUGUGUCAUCCCUCGCCCCCCAGCGUAUCUGGGACGUAGAAUUACAAGGCCACAUGAGCGAAAUGAUCAAACAUCCAGCAAUAAGGGACCAUGGGAGAGGUUUCUCUCCAGCUAACUAUCUGUCAGGUCUUCAGGUACCCAAAUACAGACGGUCUUUUUCCCUCGCCAGAUUCAACGUUCUCCCUUUUGCCUUACUUCAGGGCAGAUUUGAGGGUAAACCAUACACAGCACGGGUCUGCCCCUGUGGCUCGUUGGAAGUUGAAACUGCUUCACAUGUACUAUUACGUUGCCAUCUUUAUGAGGAUAUACGUUUGACUUUUAUUACACCUGUUUUGCAAAAGUCCAGGAAAGAAUCGGAACACCAUAGUUUAAAAUUACUGCUAGAGGACAAGAAUCCCAAGACUACAUUAAAUGUAGCCAAAUUCUGUGCGUCUGCAAUUAAUCGCAGGAAGCAAGUGGUAUCCCAUAAUGACCAAACCCCCAAAUGUUAAUUACAGGGGCCACGCUAAUAAUUAAUUUUAAUUUUUUAUAUUUAAAUCCUUGUUAUAUUCAUAUUGUCCUCUGUAUUUCUGAUAUAUAUAUAUAUAUUUUAAUGAUCUGUGACAUUGUGUGUGUUGACGCUGGUCUGUGACCGUAUUAAUAAAUUCAUUCAUUCAUCCCUCGCCCCCAUGAUGCUCUGCUUGACCUUCUCCCCACCCCCCUCAACAGAUUGGCCUGGAUACAGGAUUCUGGACGGCUAUCAACCAUUUCUUCAUCUGGGGCAGCCUGGCUGUUUACUUCGCCAUCCUCUUCGCCAUGCACAGCGACGGCCUCUUCCAGCUCUUCCCCAACCAGUUCCGUUUUGUGGGUGAGUCUGGAGACUGCUUCUCUGUUUGGGUCUACAACUUCCUCUCUCUCCGCCCUGCCCUCUCACACAUGCCUCAUUUUUUUGCCUCGUUGCAGAACUAUUAUUGACAAAGGUGGUGCAUUCUGGGAGAUUUCUACUGGGGCCCAAGGGCUGUGCAUUCUGGGAGAUUUCUGCUGCAUGGCCAGCAUUCGUGCAUUAAUAAUAAUAAUAAAUUUUUAUUUAUAUCCUGCCCUUCCCGGUUCAGAAACCGGGCUCAGGGCGGCUAACAACAAAUUUAAAACACUUAAUUGAUGCAACGAAAAACAGCAUAAGAUACAGUAUAAAACGUGAAUAACGAUAAAUUCAGAAUUCAAAAUCAAUUUAGGGGGGAAAUCCAUCCAGUAAACAUUAGAUGAUCACUAGAGCUAACUGGCUAAAUUAGUCCUAUUUGGGCCAGUGAGGAGACCAGGGGAGAAUUAGCUGUGGGAUCCCAGAGCAGGUAAUCUUCAUAAAAAGGGGAGGGGGAGGGAAGGAAGGGGAAUAAAAGAUCAGGCUAAGUUGAAAGCCAGGUGGAAUAGCUCUGUCUUACAGGCCCUGCGGAAAGAGGUUAAAUCCUGCAGGGCCCUGGUCUCAUGGGACAGAGCAUUCCACCAGGUCGGAGCCAUCACUGAGAAGGCCCUGGCCCUGGUGGAGGAUAAUCGAACUUCCUUAGGGCCCGGGACCUCUAAACUAUGAUUCAUGGACCUUAAGGUCCUCUGCGGGGCAUACCAGGAGAGGCGGUCCCGUAAAUACGAGGGCCCUAAGCCACAAAGGGGACAUUUCUGCGAGGUGGCCAAGGUGCGUUCUGGGAAAGUUCCUUUACACUUUUGUACAGGGGAGGGGAUGGGAGGGGGACCUGGUGUCCAGGCUGUCGUAAGCUCCCCUGUUUUCCAGAUCAGAGGUGCCUCUGAAUCUCUCCCUUUCUCCCUGACCUCCUGCUUUCCUUCCUCUGCCCAGGCAAUGCCCAGAACACACUAGCCCAACCUGCCGUGUGGCUGACCAUUGCCCUCACCACUGUCGUCUGCAUCAUGCCAGUGGUCGCCUUCCGGUUCCUCAAGCUAGACCUGAAGCCUGAGCUCUCAGAUACGGUGAGUUUGGGUGCAGAUGGAUCCCAAAUGGAAGAUGGGGGAGAGGCCCUUCCUUCCUUCCUUCCUUCCUUCCUUCCUUCCUUCCUUCCUUCCUUCCUUUCCCCCGCAAGGUAGACACCUUGUCUGUCUGCCAGCCCCCCCACUCCCUGGCAAACUCAGGUUCUAAAUUUCCAUCUCUUUUUAAUUAACCGUAUUUUUUCACUCUAUAAGACGCACCAGACCAUAAGACGCACCUAGUUUUUGGAGGAGGAAAACAGGGGAAAAAAUAUUCUGAAUCCCAGAAGCCAGAACAGCAAGAGGGAUCGCUGCGCAGCGAUGAAGGCCCCCCCUGCCCUGAAGAGGCUGCACGCGGCUAAGCCAAAAGCUAGAACAGCGAGAGGGAGCGCUGCGCAGUGAUCCCUCUCACUGUUCUGGCUUCUGGGAUAGCUGCGCAGCCUGCAUUCGCUCCAUAAGACACACACACAUUUCUCCUUAUUUUUUAGGAGGGAAAAAGUGUGUCUUAUAGAGCAAAAAAUACGGUAUUAUUUUUUAAAAAAUGAAUAUGUUUCGAUGCAAGCAAAAAAAGAACUGAGAUGGUUUCAGCAGGUAGAGCAUGAGACUCUUAAAUCUCAGGGUUGUGGGUUUGAGUCCCACAUUGGGCAAAAUAUUCUGCGUUGCAGGGUGGGGUGGCCUGGAUGACCUUCGUGGUCCCUUCCAACUCGAUAUGAUUCUCAACACCUGUCAAGCAUAACCAGAGCGCAGAGAGAUUGGAAUAAAACAAGAAGUGCCAUUCUUGCGUUCGGUUGUUAUCUGUUAUGUCGACAGUGGCUAUUCAGGGUUUGUUUCGUACAGCAUCUCUCUGCGUAUCAACACGGGACACUGACGUAAAGCAGGGCAUCUGUAAGGUUUUGUUUUGUUAUUUUUUUUAAAAUAAUAUUUAUUAAAAUUUCAUAAGAAAAAAAACCACAUUAAUGAAGAAAAAAUUAACAAUAAAAAGAAAAAAUACAAAGGAAAAAAGGAAAAAACAAUUAAAAACAAUUUCAUCUUUUCCUCACUUCUUUUACAUUUACUUGUUUCUCGGACCUCCUCUUACCUCCCUUUUUUGUAUUCUAAUUAAAUAUGUUAGUCCAACAGUUCCUUUCCCUCCUUUUUAAUCCUAAUCUUUAAUCUUGAUAUAAUAUAGCUUUUAAUUUUAGAUUUUACAUAUUAAAACCAAUUUUUCCAUAUUCUUUUAGCCUGUACAGCUAGAAACCCCUUAACUUCAAUCCAACAUCAUUCUAACAUUCAUUAAUUUUGCAGUAUUUCUGUAAAUAGUCUUUGAAUUUCUUCCAAUCUUCUUCCACCGACUCUUCUCCCUGGUCACGGAUUCUGCCAGUCAUUUCCGCCAAUUCCAUGUAUUCCAUCGUUUUCAUCUGCCAUUCCUCCAGUGUGGGUAGAUCUUGUGUCUUCCGGUUUUGGAUCCAACUCUUUUUGUGACCCGCCCUUGCCACUCCAUCGUGGCGCAUCAAGGGUUCUGACGACACUCUUGCCCAGGUAGCUACAUGCAGAAAAUGCCCAGAGGCUCUUCCAAGCAGAGCAUAAAGCAUUCUAUAAUCCCACAUUAAAGCUUCUGCUUCUAGCAGGUCUCAUCUGUCUGCCCUGAGAGGUGCCAGUUCACUUAAGUCCGCAGCCCAAAUCCUUGGGAUACUGCUGGCAGCCAUAUUGGGCAAGGCCGGCCUCGGCCAACCGGAUGCCCUCCAGAAGUGUUGGACUACAUCUCCCAUCACCCUCCCUGAUCUGCGUGGCUAUUUUGGACUACAGCUCCCAUCAGCCCCAGCCGGCACGAUCAUUUAUGGACUACAACUCCCAUGAGUUUCUAGGCAGCACGCCCAUAGAGUUACAGACACAAUGGCCUGGGGCUGAUGGGAGAUGUAGUCUGAAACAGUCAGUCGAUGGAGCAGGAGACUCUGAAUCUUAAUCAUCCCGGCGCUCUUCAGAUUGCUGAAUCGUUCAACUGCAGAUUUGGAAGGGGCCACAGGGGUCAUCCAGUCCAACCCCUGCAAUGCAGGAAUCUUUUUGCCCAAUCUUUUUGGGGUUCAAACUCGUAACCCCUGGGCAGUUGCCUCCUACUUCUUAAAAGAGUACAGACCGUCCCAGCCUAGGCCUUUAACCUGGCGUAGUGGUUAAAAGUCUCAGACUAGAACCUGGGAGAUCUGGGUUCGAAUCCCCACUCAUCCCCAGGUGUGAUCUUGGGGCCAGUCACUUUCUCUCAACCUGACAUGCCUCACAGGGUUGUCGUGAGGAAUGUGGGGACGGGGAGACUGACGGGUGCCCCCACGAAGGAGGGGGGGAACCAGAUUUCCUUGCUGCCUCUGACUCUCCCCUCCUCCCCGCUUUCUCAUUUCCCCCCCUCAGGUGCGCUACACCCAGCUGGUGAGGAAGAAGCAGAAAGCCCAGCAUCGCUGCAUGGGGAGGGUGGGCCGGGCAGGCUCCCGCCGCUCCGGCUACGCCUUCUCCCACCAGGAGGGCUUCGGAGAGCUCAUCAUGUCCGGCAAGAACAUGCGCCUCAGUUCCCUCGCCCUCUCCAGCUUCAGCGGCCGCCCCAGCGCUAGUUGGAUCGAGACCUUGCGCAAGAAGAAGGGCGGCGGCGGCGACAGCAGCAGCGUGGCCAGCAGCCCUAGUGGGGGUGGGCCCGACAAGACGCUGAAGGUGUGAGGAGGAAGGUCCCGGGACAGACAGAUAGACACAUGCAACGGAUGGAACUCCCUGCCUCAGGAGGGGCGGGGAGGGCUGCCCCACAGGCCAGAAAUGCCCCCCCCCCCGGUAGCUGCAGAGAUGCGGAUCUUACCGGAUGGAUCGAGGAGGCCUAGGAGGCUUGCGGCCGUAUAACCAAAAAGAUGAUGAUAAUAAUAAUCAUAAGAAUAACUGACUGCUGGCUUACAGUGGCAAACAGGUCACUGGCUGGGGUAGGGGGUGCACAGGUGUAACCCCCAAACAAACACACACACACACACACACACACACACCCCUGACUGAUGUUACCCUGAACUGUUGUGCAAAAGGGAGUCUUUUUUUCUUCUUCCAAGAAUGAAAAACCCAGUGACAUCUCCCUGAACCGCACAUGAAUGUAUCUGGCUUGGAGGCGCAAGAAGGUUGGGGGCGCUUAAAGGUGCGUCGGAGGCUGGAGCCUCGCGUCAAGAGGCGGCGGGCGAAAGAUUGGGGGGCGGGGGCCCUGCACCCCGCUUUCGACCCCCCCCUCCAUGCCUUGUCCUCCUAUCAUCUAAUCGUGUCUUUUUAAAAUAUAUAUAUAUAUACAGAUCUAUAUGAAAGAAAACGAUCCACGUUUACAAAAAAAAAAAAAGGAGAAAAAAAAGAUUAUUAUUUUUUUCUAUUCCACAUUGGCAUUGGAAGUUCUCUAGGGGUGCCUCCCUCGGGCACUGGGCAGCGGUGUUUAAAGGACAAGGUUGGACUGGCACGGCUUGGGAGAUCCGUGGUGCCCGCUUCCGCAGGAGCUGUGCCACCCCAAGUGCGAGGGAGAAGAAUUCGGGCACAAGAGGUUGCUAGCCUCCAGCAAGAUGCCUGGAGCAUGGAUUGCCUUUUUUUUUUUUUUUUCCGGGGAAAGAGGUUGCGGGGGAAGCUUUGAAACACAUCGGCUAUUUUCUCUCGCCCCCCCUCCCUUGAAGAACCCGCUUGGUUUGCUAUUUUGCCCUCUUGUCUGCGCCCCAGAGAGUCUACACCCUUGGGUCUGCUAUUCCCAAGGCAGGAAAUAGUUUAAGAAAAAGAAAAAAAAAUAUUUUUAUAUAACGUAGGACCUCGGCUUGCAAGCAGCUCCCUCCUCUUAAACACCCAACCAACCACCUCUGCUGGUUCUCUGGUUUCCGCCAGCAGAGGCCCACCCAUCACAGCAGAGCUAACUGGAUUGGGAAAAUGUUGAGCUGAGAAUGGGAAGGCAAGGGAGAUAGGACUUCACCUGUUGUGGUACUGGUCAAGGAUGAGGAAUCGGCUUCCCCCAUCCUUGCGCUCAGCUUGGGGCUUUGCUACUGCAGCCCGCGGAGGAUGUGAGAGGGCGUCAAGCCCUGGGCACCCAGUUUCCUCACCACACUCCCACAAAGCAACAUCUAUUCUGGCAAACGUCCCGAUGGCUUACUUGUCCUGCAAAAGUUCAUUUAAAAAUAAAUAAACCAGGCACUUGUGGCGAGUCGCUGUUUGAGGACGCGCCUCGUGGAACCGUUCCAGAGAUAUGCUAGGAACUGGGGCGUUGUAUGUAAUGAUAGCCCUACUCCGAGUAGACCUACUGAAGCAAAUGUUUCUGACCAGCUUGGGCACAUUUCAGUCGGUCUGGCUCUGGAGUGGAUACAAAGAGGAUCGCCAGCCUCGUACGCAAAUGAGCAAGGCCUGAAAGUCAGGAUUUGAUAGCCUCAAAUUCUGCUUUGAGCAUGUAUUUCUCUCACUGGCUUGCACUUCAAUCCUAAAUGGCAAAUUUUAAAAUGCAUAACACCUCUGUCGUGUCUAUAUAGACACACAUAUACAGAGUCUUGAGUUUGACCAAAACAAGUCCCAACAGCCUCAUAGGCCAAAAUGCUGUGGCCUAGGAGGCCUCAAGUUUCCCUGCCACUGUCGGGAUAAGGAAAAGCCAGCAAAUUUAAGAUUUCUCUGUGGGUGGGUUCCUCCCUUACUCUUCUGUGUGACUUUGGGCCACCCCCUACCCAGUUUUUGAAGUUUCCUGGCAUAUCCCCCAAAUUUUCUUUCUCUCCCCCCCCCAUCUCAGAGGCACAGGUAGGGGGCUAUUUUUUGCAGCGGCAACAUUUUAGGUCUGCCUCUCUCACCUGUCCCCCUUUUUGCCUCAAACCCGACUUCGAUACCAAAGAGAAAAGUUCAUUAGGAACCGGGGGGGGGGGGCGGAUUGCCAUGGACUACCUUAUUUUUAUUGUGUGUUUUUUUUGAGGGGGGGGUGCAGGGUGCGAGGGGCUUUAUAAGCAGGGCAGCCGUGCCGUGCAAGGACCGAGGGACAUUCCAUAUAAUUUAUUACAUAUUUCUAUACUUGGCAGAAUUGUAUCAUUUUAUGGGUAUAAAGAGAAAUUGCAUUUUCUUAAAAAAGACCAAAAAAA